AUGAUCAACGUUUCUUUUUCUGCGAAAAGGACCAACGUUCGAAGAUCGGGUAAGUUCACUAUUGGUCAUAUUCUAGAUUGAUAUGUAGGCCUAGGUCAAGAGAUGUUUCUCCUGAUUUUAAUAAACAUAAAGACAAAUGCAUACAUAUUAUACUUUGGUGAAUAUUUAUUAGGCCUACAUCAUUUACUGCAGAAUCAAUAGGAACAAAAACCAAUUUUCUGAUUGCCAUUUUCAUAAAGUACAUUUAUGUAUUUACACCAAUAGUACAUGUUUUGGAAUACAGUAGGACAAUUAGCCAUAUUACCAUAUAGUAAUACACUCAUAAUUAGGCUCAUCUAAAACAAGUCUGUGUCAUCAUACUAGGUGAGACACAUUAUCAUAGUAGGUGCCCAGUGCCAGACACAUGUCAGUGUUGUUUCUGUCAGUGAGGAAGGGGAUUUUUGCAGAAGUACACAAUUUAUACUGAGUAUUAGUGGAGGAGAGAGCUUGUAUGAAGGAACAUGGUAUAUGCAGUGUACCUGAUGUUACAUUUACAUCUUAGUCAUUUAGCAGACGCUCUUAUCCAGAGCGACUUACAGUUAGUGAGUGCAUACAUUAUUUUUUAUACUGGCCCCCCGUGGGAAUCGAACCCACAACCCUGGCGUUGCAAACGCCAUGCUCUACCAGCUGAGCUACAUCCCUGCCGGCCAUUCCCUCCCUUCCCUGGACGACGCUGGGCCAAUUGUGCGCCGCCCCAUGGGUCUCCCGGUCGCGGCCGGCUGCGACAGAGCCUUUAUUCGAACCAGGAUCUCUAGUGGCACAGCUAGCACUGCGAUGCAGUGCCUUAGACCACUGCGCCACUCGUCUGAGUUGAUUUAUCACGCGGACCUUUGGAUACCCAAAGACUGUGCUGAGCACACAUGCUACAUUUCUUAUUAAACGGGAACACCAAGAGGUGUUACACCUCCCUUCUUCCAUUUGACAUAUCCCUUACUAGCUACAGUUUGUCUAACCACUAUAUUAUAUGCAUCAUGGUCGCAGUUGUAAAUGAGAACUUGUUCUCAACUGGCCUACCUGGUUAAAUAAAGGUGAAAUAAAAUAAAUAAAUUCAAAUCAUCAAAAAACAUUAACGUAAAACAUAAAAAUGUGCCCUCUUAUAUGUAGUAACAAAGUGAUAUGAUUGCAGAGUGACGCUAUUACUCUGGUACAAAGUGAUGUGAUUGCAGAGUGACGGCUAUUACUCUGGUACAAAGUGAUGUGAUUGCAGAGUGACAGCUAUUACUCUGGUACAAAGUGAUGUGACAGCAGAGUGACGGCUAUUACUCUGGUACAAAGUGAUGUGACAGCAGAGUGACGGCUAUUACUCUGGUACAAAGUGAUAUGAUUGCAGAGUGACGCUAUUACUCUGGUACAAAGUGAUGUGAUUGCGGAGUGACAGCUAUUACUCUGGUACAAAGUGAUGUGAUAGCAGAGUGACGGCUAUUACUCUGGUACAAAGUGAUGUGAUUGCAGAGUGACAGCUAUUAUUCUGGUACAAAGUGAUGUGAUAGCAGAGUGACAGCUAUUACUCUGGUACAAAGUGAGUCUGGUAGCCUAAAUCUACUGCACUAGAACUACUGUAUAAUGUAAUGUAAACCUACUGCACUAAACCUACUGUAUAAUGUAAUGUAAACCUACUGCACUAAACCUACUGUAUAAUGUAAUGUAAACCUACUGCACUAAACAUACUGAAUAAUGUAAUGUAAACCUACUGCAAUAAACCUACUGUAUAAUGUAAUGUAAACCUACUGCACUAAACCUACUGUAUAAUGUAAUGUAAAUCUACUGCACUAAACCUACUGUAUAAUGUAAUGUAAACCUACUGCACUAAACAUACUGUAUAAUGUAAUGUAAACCUACUGCACUAAACCUACUGUAUAAUGUAAUGUAAACCUACUGCACUAAACCUACUGUAUAAUGUAAUGUAAACCUACAGCACUAAACCUACUGUAAUAAUGUACUGCACUAAACCUACUGUAUAAUGUAAUGUAAACCUACAGCACUAAACCUACUGUAUAAUGUAAUGUAAACCUACUGCACUAAACCUACUGUAUAAUGUAAUGUAAACCUACUGCACUAAAUCUACUGUAUAAUGUAAUGUAAACCUACUGCACUAAACCUACUGUAUAAUGUAAUGUAAACCUACUGCACUAAACCUACUGUAUAAUGUAAUGUAAACCUACUGCACUAAACCUACUGUAUAAUGUAAUGUAAACCUACUGCACCAAACCUACUAAAUAAUGUAAUGUAAACCUACUGCACUAAACCUACUGUAUACUGUAAUGUAAACCUACUGCACUAAACCUACUGUAUAAUGUAAUGUAAACCUACUGCACUAAACCUACUGUAUAAUGUAAUGUAAACCUACUGCACUAAACCUACUGUAUAAUGUAAUGUAAACCUACUGCACUAAACCUACUGCAUAAUGUAAUGUAAACCUACUGCACUAAACCUACUGUAUAAUCUAAUGUAAACCUACUGCACUAAACCUACUGUAUAAUGUAAUGUUAACCUACUGCACAAAACCUACUGUAUAAUGUAAUGUAAACCUACUGCACUAAACCUACUGUAUAAUGUAUGUAAACCAAAUGCAAAACUACUUAAAUGUAAUGUAAACCUACUGCACUAAACCUACUGUAUAAUGUAAUGUAAACCUACUGCACUAAACCUACUGUAUAAUGUAAUGUAAACCUACUGCACUAAACCUACUGUAUAAUGUAAUGUAAACCUACUGCACUAAACCUACUGUAUAAUGUAAUGUAACCUACUGCACUAAACCUACUGUAUAAUGUAAUGUAAACCUACUGCACUAAACCUACUGUAUAAUGUAAUGUAAACUUCUGCACUAAACCUACUGUAUAAUGUAAUGUAAACCUACUGCACUAAACCUACUGUAUAAUGUAAUGUAAACCUACUGCACUAAACCUACUGUAUAAUGUAAUGUAAACCUACUGCACUAAACCUACUGUAUAAUGUAAUGUAAACCUACUGCACUAAACCUACUGUAUACUGUAAUGGAAACCUACUGCACUAAACCUACUGUAUAAUGUAAUGGAAACCUACUGCACUAAACCUACUGUAUAAUGUAAUGUAAACCUACUGCAAUAACCUACUGUAUAAUGUAAUGUAAACCUACUGCACUAAACCUACUGUAUAAUGUAAUGUAAACCUACUGCACUAGAACUACUAUAGCGAGUUCCAAGUUGAAAUGUCUCACUUGCUGUACUAGUAGCAGUCAAAGAACAACAUCCUUGGAUGUGGCUUACUCUGUUGUUCAAUCAAUCAAUCAAUCAAUCAAUCAAUCAAUCAAAUGUAUUUAUAAAGCCCUUUUUACAUCAGCAGUUGUCACAAAGUGCUUAUUCAGAAAUCCUGCCUAAACCCCUUGUUUAAACAAGGUUAAAGAAAACUAUCACAUUUUAUCACAGGUGUUAUAAAAGUCAGAGUUAUUCAUUUGACAUUCAUCUCAAUUAGUAACCGUUAUCUUGUGGCCUGCUCGCUGGCCAUCAGCGAUCAUUAUCACUAUAGAGAAGCAUUCAGAAUGUUGCAGUGUGUUAAUUUUAGUGCAGCUUGGUGACCUGGUGUUGGCCAGCAGGAAUAUUUCAGAGCAUGCCCUCAUGAAAAAGUGUAUUUCAUGGAUAUUAAGUGCUACAAUGUUCGGGUUCUAGUCUACUGUGCCUUUCUCCAUUUCCUGUGAUAGUGUGUUGCUCUGUCCGCCUGACCUCUAAGCCUUUUGGAAUGAGACUAUUACAUCUGGCUGUACUGUGGAGCGAACUCAGAGCAGUUGUUCCUGACACACAGCUUGUAUCCUGAUCUCUUCCAGGCAGGGAAGGCUGUAUUCUGCGGUGUGUUUCCAGUCAUUCCGGUCACAUUCUACGAGGAGAUUGGCAGGGAUGUGUCCACAUGAAUCAAAUCCCCUUUAAAACACAAGACUGGGGUUGCGUCUCAAAUUGCACCCUAUUUCCUACAUAGUGCUACAUAGGGAAUAGUGUGCCAUUUAGGACAUAACCUACCCUCUUAGAAAGAAAGGUGCUAUCUAGAACCUAAAAGGAUUCUUUGGCUUUCCCUAUAGGUAGAACCCUCUACAUGAACCCAAAAUAGUUCUACCUGGAACCAAAAAAGAUUAUCCUAUCGGGACAGCAGAAGAACGCUUUUGGAACCCUUUUUUCUAAGAGUGUAGGGGUCCUGCGGCAUCUAAAAAAUGAUUGACUCCUCCUAAUUAUGCCUUCAAGUCAGGAUCAUCAACUAGAUUCAGGCGCGAUUUUUACCCGAUUUUUAUUUGAGCGGAUGGUCAGUGGGCCGGAACAUAAUUACAAAUGUUGACCGGCAAGAAGCCCAAACAGAUAUAAUAUUUGACUGAAACAUAAUAAUUUAAAACCUUGCUUACAUUUGUAUACGAUCACGUCUCUCUAUUAUGCAUGGGAAUACUUGGGAACAGAUUUCCAAAAUUAAAAUCACUUGGAGCUGAUGUGCUGGUGUUUUUACAGUCUUUUAGCUCCAACAACAACAAAAACAAAAUAUAUAUAUAUAUUUUUUUGCUCUGACAACUUGGAGGCCAAAUAAAAUCACCAGCGGGCUGCCAGUUGGUUAACCCUGCCUUAAAGGCUAGUUGGGGAACCCUGCCUUAAAGGCUAGUUGGGUAUCCCUGCCUUAAUGGCUAGUUGGGGAACCCUGCCUUAAUGGCUAGUUGGGGAACCCUGCCUUAAUGGCUAGUUGGGGAACCCUGCCUUAAAGGCUAGUUGGGGAACCCUGCCUUAAUGGCUAGUUGGGGAACCCUGCCUUAAAGGCUAGUUGGGUAUCCCUGCCUUAAUGGCUAGUUGGGGAACCCUGCCUUAAAGGCUAGUUGGGGAACCCUGCCUUAAUGGCUAGUUGGGUAACCCUGCCUUAAAGGCCAGUUGGGGAACCCUGCCUUAAUGGCUAGUUGGGGAACCCUGCCUUAAAGGCUAGUUGGGUAACCCUGCCUUAAUGGCUAGUUGGGGAACCCUGCCUUAAAGGCUAGUUGGGGAACCCUGCCUUAAUGGCUAGUUGGGGAACCCUGCCUUAAUGGCUAGUUGGGGAACCCUGCCUUAAAGGCUAGUUGGGGAACCCUUCCUUAAAGGUAGCCUUUUUUUCUUCGUCAGAAAAACAAUGACGCUGCACAGUCCUGGUGUACUGUACCGGGAAGUGCUUUGUAAAAACAAUGUAGCUUGAGGAAAAUGAUCAAAUGAUGAUUGACAAGCUUUUGUCUGACAACAAGGGGCUUUUUCAUCCUAGACACUGCACAGUCCUGGUGUACCGUACCGGGAAGUGCUUUGUAGCAUCCUAAAAACUAUCCUAAACCACUACAUCUUACUGCAGACCCCCACAUUAUCACGUCAUGUACCGUCUGCUUGGAGAUCCAUGAGCAUUCUAUUCUAUUCUAUCAUUCCUAUUCUAUUAAAUUCGAUUCUAAGAAUCCGUUCUACAUGACCUACUCAAGAGCACCUGGGGACAGGAACAAGUCAACUGACAUACUGCAUUAUCUGCUCAGAGAGCCGUGCAGGCUCCCUACAUGUCCUUUCCAUUUGGCCAUGGAGGUCUGCUCCCUAUCAAAACAUUUACCCCAGUGGAAAGAUGUCCUUGCCGGGCCCUCUUCUCCUCUCACUGCUCUGGAAAAGUCUGUUCUAAGUGCAGUGCUGACAUUAGGUUUCAGCAAGUGAGUCACAGUGGAAGUUCUGGUCCAUGUACUGUCUCUACCAUGGGUGUGUGAGAGCUCCAGAGUAGUGUUUUACUCUGGCUGCCUGGGUCCAAAUGGCACCAUAUUCCCUACAUAGUGCACUACCCAUGGACCCGGCUCUAUGGUUGCUUACUCAGAAGGGCACUAAAUGAAGAGAUUAAUUAGGUCCUCUGAAAAUUCUGGUUGUCUGCAGAAUCAGUGUAAUGUCAAAUAUUAGCAGUGUAUCUGUUGCGGCAGUCAAACACAUCAUUUUUUAUUACAGCAUGUGUGUGUGUGUGUUUUAACUCUUGAACUCAUUUACAGAGGGACAGUAUUUGUACAGUAUUUAUGAUUACAUAUUGGUUGUAGAUCACUCUUAUUUGUUGUCGCUUCUUGGAUUGUGAAUGACCUAUAACCCCUAAUGAGUACCACUGCCUUUUCACUUUGACCCAUUUUGAUGACAUCAUUACCUGGCCCAUACAGAGCGCCUCAGCCCUCCAUUGGACAUCCAGUUGGAGACGGUGAACUGCACAGCCUUCAGUGUGCGAUGGAAGAUGCCCCGGCGUCAUGUUAGCACCAUCACAGGCUACAAGGUAACAAUUGGCUUACAUACACCAACACAGUGACCACGUUUCAGGCUGACUACUUUGCAGUCUGUCACAUCUCACAGUGCCUGGUUUAACAUAUCUGUCAAGCACAUCAUAUGAUAUUGCAAUCUGAUCCCCGCAUCAGCUCGACAGCAAUGUAGUGGGUCUGGAACGUGGUCAUACACAGUACAUGGAACGUGGCGUGCAGAUCACUACCCUUAACAGAUGGAUGUUUUCAAGCAGACUUAUUUGUUUAAUGUUACAUGAUAUGAGGUCAAGCAGAACUGUCUCUAUCUGCACCCAAAUGGCACCCUAUUCCCUUUAUAGUACACUACUUUUGACCAGAGUCCUAUGGGCCCUGGUCAAAAGUAGGGCUGGGAAUUGCCAGGGACCUCACGAUAUGAUAUUAUCACGAUACCUAGGUGCCAACAGGAUGUUUAUUGCGAUUCUCAGGAUUCUAUUUGUAUUGUGAUUCGAUACUGCGAUUUUAUUGCAAUUUGAUGUUCCAAAACGUAUUGCUCACUAUAUGUCUGCAGCAGAGAGACCAUGAGAACAUUCGUUUUUUAUUAGUCAUGGAUCAGUCAUGGAAAUAAAAUACAUGUUGGCCAACUAUUUAAAAAUAAGAUGGAGAACAAGCUGCAGGAUCAAAAAUAGAGUUUUGGCGCAGGUGCAGCUGACUAACACUAACUAACGCUACCUAGCAAAAAUAUAUAUAUUUAUACACUGAACAAAAAUAUAAACGCAACAUGCAACAAUUUCAACGAUUUUACUGAGUUACAGUUCAUAAAAGGCAUUCAGUCAAUUAAAAUGAAUUAAUUAGGCGCUCAUCUAUGAAUCAGUGAGUUCAGUGUGAAUAUAUAUAUUUGUUUACAAAUCGACACUUGGGAGUCAAAAUAUCGAUAUAAUAUCGUACAAAAUAUUAUUGUGAUAUGUAACCGUAUCGAUUUUUCCCCCCAUCACUACUCAAAAGUACUGCACUAAGUAGGGAAUAAGUGUCAUUUGGGACGCAGCUUUGUCUCUGAUUUGACAGCAGUCUGAUGACCUUGUGGUGAAUGUCAGCUAAGGCCUCAUUACCAUCGUGGACCGAGAAGCAUUGGUGCUCCUGUUUCUCAUCUCAAACUGACAUAAAGAGAAGACAUGAUAAUGUUUCUGCUCCUCAUUCCCAUAAAGAGAGGACAGGAUAAUGUUUCUGCUGCUCAUUCCCAUAAAGAGAAGACAUGAUCAUGUUUCUGCUCCUCAUUCCCAUAAAGAGAGGACAGGAUAAUGUUUCUGCUGCUCAUUCCCAUAAAGAGAAGACAUGAUCAUGUUUCUGCUCCUCAUUUCCAUAAAGAGGAGACCGGAUAUUGUUUCUGCUGCUCAUUCCCAUAAAGAGAAGACAGGAUAAUGUUUCUGCUCCUCAUUCCCAUAAAGAGAAGACAGGAUAAUGUUUCUGCUGCUCAUUCCCAUUAAUAUAAGACAGGAUAAUGUUUCUGCUGCUCAUUCCCAUAAAGAGAAGACAGGAUAAUGUUUCUGCUGCUCAUUCCCAUAAAGAGAAGACAGGAUAAUGUUUCUGCUGCUCAUUCCCAUAAAGAGAAGACAGGAUAAUGCUUCUGCUCCUCAUUCCCAUAAAGAGAAGACAGGAUAAUGUUUCUGCUCCUCAUUCCCAUAAAGAGAAGACAUGAUAAUGUUUCUGCUCCUCAUUCCAUAAAGAGAAGACAUGAUAAUGUUUCUGCUGCUCAUUCCCAUUAAUAUAAGACAGGAUAAUGUUUCUGCUGCUCAUUCCAUAAAGAGAAGACAGGAUAAUGUUUCUGCUGCUCAUUCCCAUAAAGAGAAGACAGGAUAAUGUUUCUGCUGCUCAUUCCCAUAAAGAGAAGACAGGAUAAUGCUUCUGCUCCUCAUUCCCAUAAAGAGAAGACAGGAUAAUGUUUCUGCUCCUCAUUCCCAUAAAGAGAAGACAUGAUAAUGUUUCUGCUCCUCAUUCCAUAAAGAGAAGACAUGAUAAUGUUUCUGCUGCUCAUUCCCAUAAAGAGAAGACAGGAUAAUGUUUCUGCUGCUCAUUCCCAUAAAGAGAAGACAGGAUAAUGUUUCUGCUGCUCAUUCCCAUAAAGAGAAGACAGGAUAAUGUUUCUACUGCUCAUUCCCAUAAAGAGAAGACAGGAUAAUGUUUCUGCUGCUCAUUCCCAUAAAGAGAAGACAGGAUAAUGUUUCUGCUCCUCAUUCCCAUAAAGGGAAGACAGGAUAAUGUUUCUGCUCCUCAUUCCCAUAAAGGGAAGACAGGAUAAUGUUUCUGCUCCUCAUUCACAUAAAGAUAAGACAGGAUAAUGUUUCUGCUGCUCAUUCCCAUAAAGAGAAGACAGGAUAAUGUUUCUGCUCCUCAUUCCCAUAAAGGGAAGACAGGAUAAUGUUUCUGCUCCUCAUUCCCAUAAAGAGAAGACAGGAUAAUGUUUCUGCUCCUCAUUCACAUAAAGAUAAGCUUAUUGUACUGGACCCAGGCUUUUGCUGUGAAACAGAUACUCACACACACACAUGCACGCACAUACGCACACACACACACACACACGCACACACACACACACACACACACACAGACACACACAGACACACAGACACACACACAGACACACACACAGACACACACACACACACACACACACACACACACACACACACACAGACACACACACAGACACGUCCUCUGCCCUACCACUUUCCCCACUUACCUUUCUCUCUACUCCUCAGAAGGACACUUCACCUUGUUGCCACCUUGUACAUUUUCUAAGCCUGACGAUAGUAUACUGCACAAUCUUGAACACAGGGUGUGUGUGCGUGAGUGUGUGUGCGUGUGUUCGUGUGUGUGUGUGCGUUCGUAUGUGUGUGUUUGUCAGGUGUUCUACACAGAGAUGAGGAACAGUCGGCCAGUGAGUACUGCCGUGACACUGGAGGUGCCUCUCAGUCUGGACAUGCUGACCACCGUAAGUAACGUCUCCUCUCCUCAGAGUGGUGGCAGUGAUACUGUCAGAUGUAUCAGUAUGGAUGUGUUCUUACAGUCACCGUAACAGUAUGGACGUGUCCUUAAAGUAUCAGUAUGGACGUGUUCUUACCGUAACAGUAUGGACGUGUCCUUAAAGUAACAGUAUGGACGUGUCCUUACCGUAACAGUAUGGACGUGUCCUUAAAGUAACAGUAUGGACGUGUCCUUAAAGUAACAGUAUGGACGUGUCCUUAAAGUAACAGUAUGGACGUGUCCUUAAAGUAAAUCUAACAGUAUGGACGUGUCCUUUACAGUAAAUCUAACAGUAUGGACGUGUCCUUUUACAGUAAUUCUAACAGUAUGGACGUGUCCUUAAAGUAAAUCUAACAGUAUGGACGUGUCCUUAAAGUAAAUCUAACAGUACGGACGUGUCCUUUACAGUAAUUCUAACAGUAUGGACUUGUCCUUACAGUAAUUGAUAAAAUAACUGGGUGAUAGAAGUAGAUGAUUGGGCAUCUGGUGGAAUUCUUUUAAAAGUAGCAAUUUUUUAAUCCGUUUUGAGGAGAUCACAUAGUGUUUCUUGUAAAAAAAAUAGUUGACUGUUUGUUUUAUCCUACUUAAUCCAACAUAAUUACUGAUUAAUUAUUUUGGGUCUUAUUCUCUCUUAGGGGCAGUUGGAUGGACAAGCAAGUUUUGUAAGUAGUAUUCAGACAGAACUGUGCUACUUGUGCCAAACAUAUUUGAGUGCAAGACUUUAAAGUUACAUGAUUGUUGUCUAAUGUAAGCUAAUCCAAAGCCUUUGUAUGUAUGUGAAUGGACGUUUCAGAGCAGACAAGCUUACUAUGCACUCUCUCACAGUCUCUCACCCUUUCUCCUAGGAUGUGGACAUUGGUAACCUUAAAGUUGCCACCCAGUACAGAGUUAGUGUUGGUGCGUAUGGAUGGGCAGGCGAGGGCCGACCUAGCAUGCCUAGGGAUGUCAGUACUUCUUCACAAGGUAAGCAAGGGUGACAGCAGAGGUGACAGCAAAGGUGACCACAGAACCCACAAUACUGUGCUGUAUUAAAUGUUUUUUGUUGUUGUUUUUUUUACUCUGCAAGCUAGACCUGUCUGAAGUGUGCUGUAUGUGUUAGUGCAGUGGUUCCCAAACGUGGGGUUUGAAACUUAAAUGAGGUCCCCUGAGAAAAUCUCUAAUCUUAUCAAACAAAUUAAUAACUUUUUUAUAGAACACAACCUUUUAGUGUCAACUAAGAGCCCUUUACACUAUUCUAAUAAAGCACUUCAUGUCAGUAUUAUGUGUAGAGAGAACCCACGGGACCUAAAAUGGAGUGAACAUGAACGCGCAGCAGUAAUUAGGGAAUACAUUUUCCAAGUUGGGUCCCCUGCAUUUUCUAGUGUCAACUUUGGGUUGUGUGCAGAAAAAGUUCAAGAAACCCUGUGUAUGUUGUGGUAUGUUAAUGUCAUCUAGGUUAUACAGUAUGUUGUGGUAUGUUAAUGUCAUCUAUGUUAUACAGCAUGUUGUGGUAUGUUAAUGUCAUCUAUGUUAUACAGUAUGUUGUGGUAUGUUAAUGUCAUCUAUGUUAUACAGUAUGUUGUGGUAUGUUAAUGUAAUCUAUGUUAUACAGUAUGUUGGGGUAUGUUAAUGUCAUCUAUGUUAUACAGUAUGUUGUGGUAUGUUAAUGUUGUUCUUGUUGUCAUGUUGUUGUUUAUUGUUUUCUUCCUUGUAACUCCGCCUCUAGGAUGAAUUGAAUUGACUUUGUAAAUCGAGCAUGGUCUUACAUUGAGUUCAGCGGGACAUUUAAAUGUCAUAUGACAGGGUUGUUCUUUCCCCAUCCGCAGAGAUGUGUAUGCCCCCGUCACCCCCCGACUCAGCCCACUGUCAUGGCCGUAUCAGACACAGAGCUCGCGUUGUCGUGGACACAGGGUGAGAGCGAGGGAAGUGCACCAGUUCUACACUUCCUCGUUGCCUACAUCAGGUACGUUUAUACAGUGACUAUUUAGUGUAUUUUGCUUACGCUAGCGGUUAACAAUUCUAGUCAGCCUUGUACUGCCUAUAUGUGGUCUGUGGUCUGUUGUAGUAUACAUCCAAAUACAUAUCUUAACCAUAUCCAAAAUGACAAAAUGGCUUAUUUAUGGCAGUACCCGAAAUGUAAAGGUUAUUGAGAUUCCUUGCCACUACUGUGUUGAUCCCUGAAAACCACUCUGAAGACGGUAAUGUUUUUAUACCUUUCUGCAGAUUUGUUCCACUCAAGAAUGCAUGUUUCGGUUUGAAUUCUCAACUCUACCAAACCACAGUGGUUUUAUUUGAACAGCUGUUUUCUUCACACAGUCCAUUUAAAAUGAGAAGUAUUGAUUUUAAAAAAUAACAUUGUCGGAGGAAAGCGAGCUGGACAGUAUAAAAAGUAACAGCUAGACAAGUUAAACUCUGAUCACCUCACCCUGCCAAGCGUCUGACAGACAAGUGUCUGAUUUGUAAUAUCCUCAUGUUCCCAGCCAAUAGGGUAAGAUACUGUUUCACGCCUGUUAGAACAAGCAAGUACUUGGAUUUGGGUUGAUCCGUUGCCAGAUUCUAAUAUCAAAUGGCAACCUUGAAAAAAGGUAGAAACGGUUGUUCUUUAGAAUCAGUCGUUAAAGGGAUGCCCCUCUAAUAAAGGGAUGCCCCUCUAAUAAAGGGAUGCCCCUCUAAUAAAGGGAUGCCCACUUCUGUACCAGUGGCAGAGAGUUGAGUCAGUCAACCAGCUCAGUCCUGCUAACACACCCGUCAGCCAGGGUACACUGGACAGUAGGGGCCAGUUUCCUAGACACAGAGCCUUGUCCUGGACUAAAAAGACACAGAGCCUUGUCCUGGACUAAAAAGACACAGAGCCUUGUCCUGGACUAAAAAGACACAGAGCCUUGUCCUGGACUAAAAAGACACAGAGCCUUGUCCUGGACUAAAAAGACACAGAGCCUUGUCCUGGACUAAAAAGACACAGAGCCUUGUCCUGGACUAAAAAGACACAGAGCCUUGUCCUGGACUAAAAAGACACAGAGCCUUGUCCUGGACUAAAAAGACACAGAGCCUUGUCCUGGACUAAAAAGACACAGAGCCUUGUCCUGGACUAAAAAGACACAGAGCCUUGUCCUGGACUAAAAAGUGAUUUAAAUGGAGCUACAUCAAUAUAUCUCUUAUAUUUCUAGACCUUAGCAUAUAUUCAACUGUACAUAAACAUUUGCUGAAAAACAUUAUUCCGAUGUUGCCUGCCAAUCAGUUGAGAAUGAGGGGUGUUUCUGUGUUAAGCUAUGUUGAGACGAGCGUGUUAAGUCUUAACCUUGACCUGUGAACCGUGUUGGGACACUGAACAAGAAUGGCGCUGGAGAUGGCUGCCGUUUUACGGGUUCCUAACAAAUUGUGCUAUUUUGUGUGUUUUUUUCGCGUUGUUUGUAACUUAUUUUGUACAUAAUGUUUCUGCCACCGUCUCUUAUGACCGAAAAGAGCUUCUGGAUAUUAGAACAGCGAUUACUCACCUCGAACUGGACAAAGAUAUUUUCUUUAACUCCAGAUACCCGACCAGGCCCAAAUCCCCGUCAUUCACAUGAAGAGAAGACGCCAAUACAGGGGACGCAGGUCCGGGUGCCUUGUGAGAAUUUGUCGGCGAGUGGGUAACCCGCCUCUACCAUCCGUCCUAUUGGCCAACGUGCAAUCAUUGGAGAAUAAACUGGAUGAGCUCCGUUCAAGACUAUCCUACCAACGGGACAUUAAAAACUGUAAUAUCUUAUGUUUCACAGAGUCGUGGCUGAACGACAACAUGGAUAAUAUAGAGUUGGCGGGUUUUUCCGUGCAUCGGCAAGACAGAACAGCUGCCUCCGGUAACUCAAGUGGUGGCGGUCUGUGUCUAGUUGUCAAUUACAGCUGGUGCACGAAAUCAAAUAUUAAGGAAGUCUCAAGGUUUUGCUUGCCUGAGGUAUAGUAUCUCAUGAUAAGCUGCAGACCACACUAUCUACCAAGAGAGUUUUCAUCUAAAGCCAUAAGCAAACAAGAACAUUUUCAUCCAGAGGCGGCGCACGUAGUGGCCAGGGACUUUAAUGCAGGGAAACUUAAAUCCAUUUUACCUAAUUUCUACCAGCAUGUUACAUGUGCAACAAGAGGGAAAAAAACUCUAGACCACCUUUACUCCACACACAGAGAUGCGUACAAAGCUCUCCCUCGCCCUCCAUUUGGCAAAUCUGACCAUAAUUAUAUCCUCCUGAUUCCUGCUUACAAGCAAAAACUAAAGCAGAAAGUACCAGUGACACACUCAAUACGGAGGUUGUCAGAUGAUGCAGAUGCUAUGCUACAGGACUGUUUUGCUAGCACAGACUGGAAUAUGUUCCGGGACUCAUCCGAUGGCAUUGAGGAGUAUACCACAUCAGUCACUGGCUUCAUCAAUAAGUGCAUCGAUGACCUUGUCCCCACAGUGACCGUACGUACAUAUCCCAACCAGAAGCCAUGGAUUACAGGCAACAUCCGCACUGAGCUAAAGGGUAGAGCUGCCACUUUCAAGGAGCGGGACUCUAACCCGGACACUUAUAUAAGAAAUCCCACUAUGCCCUCAGACUAUUCAUCAAACAGGCAAAGCGUAAAUACAGGACUAAGAUUGAAUCCUACUACACCGGCUCCGACGCUUGUCGGAUGUGGCAGGGUUUGCAAACUAUUGCGGACUACAAAGGGGAGCAAAGCCGCGAGCCACCCAGUGACACAAGCCUACCAGACGAGCUAAAUUACUUCUAUGCGCGAAUCGAGACAAGCAACACUGAAGCAUGCAUGAGAGCACCAGCUGUUACGGACCGACUGUGUGAUCAUGCUCGCCAUAGCCUAUGUGAGUAAGACCUUUAAACAAGGUCAACAUUCCCAAGGCCGCAGGGCCAGACGGAUUACCAGGACGUGUACUCAGAGCAUGCGCUGACCAACUGGCAAGUGUCUUCACUGACAUUUUCAACCUGUCCCUGGCCAAGUCUGUAAUACCAACAUGUUUCAAGCAAACCACCAUAGUCCCUGUGCCCAACAACACCAAGGUAACCUGCCUAAAUGACUACCGACCCGUAGCACUCACGUCUGUAGUCAUGAAGUGCUUUGAAAGGCUGGUCAUGGUUCACAUCAACACCAUCAUCCCAGAAACCCUAGACCCACUCCAAUUUGCAUACCGCCCCAACAGAUCCACAGAUGACGCAAUCUCUAGUGCACUCAACACUGCCCUUUUCCCACCUGGACAAAAGGAACACCUAUGUGAGAAUGCUGUUCAUUGACUACAGCUCAGCGUUCAACACCAUAGUGCCCUCAAAGCUCAUCACUAAGCUAAGGACCCUGGGAAUAAACACCUCCCUCUGCAACUGGAUCCUGGACUUCCUGACGGGCCGCCCCCAGGUUGGUAAGGGUAGGCAACAACACAUCUGCCACGCUGAUCCUCAAAAUGGGGGCCCUUCAGACGUGCGUGCUCAGUCCCCUCCUGUACUUCCUGUUCACCCAUGAGAGCGUGGCCAAGCACGACUCCAACACCAUCAUUAAGUUUGCCGACGACACAACAAUGAUACAGCCUAUAGGGAGGAGGUCAGAGACCUUGAAGUGUGGUACCAGGACAACAACCUCACCCUCAACGUGAGUAAGACAAAGGAGAUGAUCGUGGACUACAGGAAAAGGAAGGCCGAGCACGCCCCCAUUCUCAUCGACGGGGCUGUAGUGGAGCAGGUUCAGAGCUUCAAGUUCCUUGGUGUCCACAUCACCAACAAACUAUCAUGGUCCAAACACACCCAAGACAGUCGUGAAGAGGGCACGACAACGCCUAUUCCACCUCAGGAGAUUGAAAAGAUUUGGCAUGGGUCCUCAGAUCCUCAAAAAGGUCUACAGCUGCACCAUCGAGAGCAUCCUGACUGGUUGCAUCACUGCCUGGUAUGGCAACUGCUCUGCCUCCGUCCGCAAGGCGCUACAGAGGGUAGUGCGUAUGGCCCAGUACAUCACUGGGGCCAAGCUUCCUGCCAUCUAGGACCGCUAUACCAGGCGGUGUCAGAGGAAGGGCCCUAAAAAUUGCCAAAGACUCCAGCCACCCUAGUCAUAGACUGUUCUCUCUGUUACCGCACGGCAAGUGGUACGGGAGCGCCAAGUCUAGGUCCAAAAGGCUUCUUAACAGCUUCUACCCCCAAGCCAUAAGACUGCUGAACAGCUAAUCAAAUGGCUACCCGGACUAUUUGCAUUGACCCCACCCUUUUUUUACACUGCUGCUACUCUCUGUUUAUUAUCUAUGCAUAGUCACUUUACCCCUACCUACAUGUACAUAUUACCUCAAUUACCUCAACUAACCUGUACCCCCGCACAUUGACUUGGUACCGGUACCCCCUGUAUAUAGCCUCAUUAUUGUUAUUUUAUUGUUGCUCUUUUAUUUUUUACUUUAGUUUAUUUAGUAAAUAUUUUUCUUAACUCUUAUUUUUCUUAAAAUUGUAUUGUUGGUUAAGGGCUUGUAAGUAAGCAUUUCACGUUAAGGUCUACACCUGUUGUAUUCGGCGCAUGUGACAAAUAACAUUUGAUUUGAUUUGAUUUGAAGUGUGCAGGACAGGUGUGCAGAUCGGGGUGAGAACCCUGUAAGCCAACAUGGAAGUUCUGCAGUCAGUGGCCCUCUAGUUAGUAGUUAAGCAUGGAGCUGGAGAAACACACCCGUAAACAGGGUGCAGACUAAUGCAGACCAUGAAUUUAGAAAAAAUGAAGUUGAACACUACAUAUUCCUCCCAGUUAAAAAAUUAAUAAAUGCAUUAUUUAAUUAUUUCAUGAGAUAUUCUUUUUUUUCCUUCAGUGUUUUAUAUUAUGAAUAGUGUUUUAGUCAGUGCACCAGUGUAAUGUGAAUGGUGUCCUCCACACAGGCCUGAGUUGGACACAGAGUGGACCUACAUCAGGGAGCCCAUCGAGGCCAACUCCAUGGUACUGAAAGGGUUAAGCCCCGACACGGAAUUCCAGUUUGUGGUUCGAGCCGCCAACAUCCACGGAGUGAGCCCUCCCAGCGCCAUCAACAACCCCAUCCGCACCCCUGGUAUCUACCCCGCCACUGUGUGUGUGUGUGUGUGUGUGUGUGUGUGUGUGUGUGUGUGUGUGUGUGUGAGAGGUCUGCAUGCAUAGAGAGUGUAUGUGUUUUCUGUCCAUUUCUUUAAGUCCAUGGUGAUAAAGUGAUAGACUUGGACCGGUGCCAGAGAAUUGUAUUUGUAUAAUAUUUUCCUAUUAUUAUAAUGUAAAUUACAAUUGGUGUGUGUGGUGGGGGAGGGGAGGUUUUGGGCUGAUUGAUAUUGACAUGAGAGAGAGAGAGAGAGAGAGGCUGUGAAAUGGCAUCUAAUUCCCUACAUAGUGUACUACUUUUGACAGAUCCUUAUUGGCCCUGGUCAAAAGUAGUGCACUAUGUAGGGAAUACGGUGCUAUUUAGGAGGCUCCCAGAGAUAACCCUGAGGCUCCAGAUCAAUAAUGUCUUCAUGGGGGAGAGAGGGGCCGUGGUAGACUGGCAGUGUAUGGACAAACAUUAGCAAGUAAGCUUUAGUCUGGUGUGUGUGUGCGUGUGUGUGUGCGUGUGUGCAAGUAUGGAAGUGUGUUUAUUUGUUUUAUUUAUUUGUUUGUUUAUUUGUUUAUUUGUUGGCACCCACACUGUAUUAGGUAAACAUAAGGUAAUAAAUACAGGUAGGAGGUAAGAAGCCCAAUACGUAACAAAUACAAGUUUAACACUUUACAGAGCAGAGAGAGGUUCCCCAUGCCAUGUUGUGAGGAGGACUGUGGGGGCUGUUGUCCCGUCAAUCCACCUCAUAGAGCCAUGUGGGUGGGCGGUUGACGCGCCUCGCCAUUGGCACGCAUGGUGGCAAUCACAGGGUUAAACUGGACUGAUUGAAUGAAGCAUCUUAAGUCCUGGUGGUUUGGACAGAGAGGCUGUCCCAACGCACCGCGUCACAAGCCUGCCACCCCCCCUCCCUCCUCUCCCCGCAGGGCGAAAAUCGGGUUACGCCCUGGUCUCAUCAGACAGGAUUAAGAGCGGGAGGAUGGGGGGAGGUUUGCCCCCCGCGGGGAAGGGCGUGUUUGUACAGGAUUUGACUAGCACCCAUAUCUCCAAAUUAACUCACUGCAUGACAAAAAACAUGGGGCACGUGAGGGGAGGGGGGCAGGUUGGGGGGGUCUUAUUUGUAGAAUAAAGAGGGCAGGAUCGUUUUAAUGCCAAUCUUCUUUACCAUAACACAUUGAGGACUCAUUCUGUUUUCACUCUGUUUCAAAACAUUUUCGCCUUACUAAACACAACCCGUUUUAUUCUGAACCGCUUAUCCCACUCCUACAUAAUGGUCAGUAGUAACCUUACCCCACUCCUACAUUAUGGUCCUACAUUUUGGUCAAUAGUAACCUUACCCCACUCCUACAAUAUGGUCAGGAGUAACCUUACCCCACUCCUACGUUAUGGUCAAUAGUAACCAUCACCCACUCCUACAAUAUGGUCAGUAUAACCUUACCCCACCAUUACAUUAUGGUCAGUAGUAACCUUACCCCACUCCUACAUUAUGGACAGUAGUAACCUUACCCCACUCCUACGUUAUGGUCAAUAGUAACCAUCACCCACUCCUAUAUUAUGGUCAGGAGUAACCUUACCCCACCAUUACAUUGUGGUCAGUAGUGACCUUACCGCACUCCUACAAUAUGGUAAGUAGUAACCUUACCCCACUCCUACAUUAUGGUCAGGAGUAACCUUACCUCACUCCAAUACUAUGGUCAGUAGUAACCUUACACCACCAUUACAUUGUGGUCAAUAGUAACCUUACCCCACUCCUACAUUAUGGUCAAUAGUAACCUUAUCCCACCAUUACAUUAUGGAAAGUAGUAACCUUACCACACUCCUACAUUAUGGUCAGGAGUAACCUUACCCCACUCCUACAUUAUGGACAGUAGUAACCUUACCCCACUCCUACGUUAUGGUCAAUAGUAACCAUCACCCACUCCUACAAUAUGGUCAGUAUAACCUUACCCCACCAUUACAUUAUGGUCAGUAGUAACCUUACCCCACUCCUACAUUAUAGUAAGUAGUAAUCUUACCCCACUCCAACAUUAUGGUCAGUAGUAACCUUACCCCAUCAUUACAUUGUGGUCAAUAGUAACCUUACCCCACUCCUACAUUAUGGUCAAUAGUAACCUUAUCCCACCAUUACAUUAUGGAAAGUAGUAACCUUACACCACUCCUACAUUAUAGUAUGUCGUAACCUUACCCUACUCCUACAAUAUGGUCAGUAGUAACCUUAACCCACUCCUACAUUAUGGUCAAUAGUAACCAUCACCCACUCCUACAAUAUGGUCAGUAUAACCUUACCCCACCAUUACAUUAUGGUCAGUAGUAACCUUACCCCACUCCUACAUUAUGGACAGUAGUAACCUUACCCCACUCCUACGUUAUGGUCAGUAGUAACCUUACCCCACCUUUACAUUAUGGUCAAGAGUAAUCUUACCCCACCCCUAUAUUAUGGUCAGGAGUAACCUUACCUCACUCCAAUACUAUGGUCAGUAGUAACCUUACACCACCAUUACAUUGUGGUCAAUAGUAACCUUACCCCACUCCUACAUUAUAGUCAAUAGUAACCUUAUCCCACCAUUACAUUAUGGAAAAUAGUAACCUUACCCCACUCCUACAUUAUGGACAGUAGUAACCUUACCCCACUCCUAUGUUAUGGUCAAUAGUAACCAUCACCCACUCCUACAAUAUGGUCAGUAUAACCUUACCCCACCAUUACAAUAUGGUCAGUAGUAACCUUACCCCACUCCUACAUUAUAGUAAGUAGUAACUUUACCCCACACCUACAUUAUGGUCAGCAGUAACCUUACCCCACUCCUACAUUAUGGUCAGUAGUAACCUUACCCCACUCCUACAUUAUGGUCAGCAGUAACCUUACCCCACCAUUACAUUAUGGUCAGUAGUAACCUUACCCCACAAUUACAUUACAGUCAGUAAUAACCUUACCCCACUUCUACAUUAUGGUUAGGAGUAAUUAUUUUGAGUUUGUUCUGCACACACACACACACACACACACACACACACACACACGGACACACACGCACGGGCACACACGCACACACAGCAUUGUAUUUGAAAUAAAUCAUUUAGGUUGGGGAUUCCUAAACAUCACAGUGUUUUUGUUUCCUACUGUCUGGCCGGACUCAGCCUUGUCUCUGUCUGCACGGUCAGGUUAUCUCGAGGACAGGUUCCAGUAUGUGGUGAAACAAGCUCUCUACACGGUGACAGGUAGACCUGGGACAAUUACUGUAUUGGCCUGGUCCCAGAUCUGUUUGUGCUAUUAUGUCAACUCCUUGUCAUAACUUUGACACGACGGCACAAACUAACCUGGGAUCAGGCUACUACUGUAUGUCAUCCAUCCCUAUAAGGGGGAUCAUUCCACCAACAUGUAUUAGCUAAUCACCAUCAUCCUCAGCACCAUGGGUUCCCUGUGGGUUCCCUGUGGGUUCCCUGUGUGUAUGCUGCCCACUGACCAAGUCCUCACCAUAGAGUUGGAUAGAGUACUUGCCACAAAGCCUUUGUUAGCAUGACCAGCUAUUUCCAACUCUAUGGUCCCCACCUGUCCAUCUGUCUUGAGAGUCAGACUAACUGUGACAUUGUGACUCACUGUGCUCUUGUUAUAGUCCCAUGAUGUUGAUAUUGUACUGUACACUGUAUCUAUUUAAUUCCAUACAUAAUAUUGUGAAAUAUUAAAGGCAGUGUCCAUAUUCACAGGCACAGCAGAGGUUGGCAGCAGCGGCUAUGGCCAGCGCUACAUCACAAACGCCAACAUCAAAGAUGAAGACGGAUUUGACAUAGAUGACUCUGACUACGAUGUCUUCAUUGAGGAGGUGGGUCAUCGUGUACAUCAGGGCUCUGGGGUUAAGUUUUCUCUAGGUACAGAUCUAGGAUCAGCUUCCCCUCUCCCAAUCCUAACCUUAACCAUUAGUGGGGGAAAGGAAAAACUGUCCCAAGAUCAGUGUCUAGGGGCAAAUUCACCCUAGACCAGUCACAGGGGCCCUAGAAACCCAGGAAAGCUGGUCUAACUCACCAUAUGCCACCCUACCAAUCUUAUCCUUAUAUCUGUCAUAUCCCAAUCAGGAAGCUAUUCUCAGGGCAAAUAUUUAACAACAGUAUGUUCUGGUUUCCUUGGUCAAAAAGCACUUUUAAUGCAGAUUAUCAAUUGAGAUUGGUUUUUGGUCCAGGAAUAGGGUUCAUCUGGGUCGAAGAAAGCAGCUCUAUAAGUAUAACUAUACGUUUGGCAACACCGUUUGUUUUUGGCAUGAACCCAGUCUGUCCAAUAACUAAUCCAGCAAACUAAACUAACCUUGGCACCACUCUUACUCCAUCUUGCCGUUUCGCAGCUGAAGCCGUUCCCUGCCAUUCCCAACGGUGACAACCAGAGAUCACAGCUCCGCUCCCGGUCUGGUACGCCAUCCUCUCAGCCAGGCGGGAACGUCAUCUACAGGAUGGGCACGGCCACGCCCAACGCCACCCUCCUCCCCUCCCCCUCCUCUGACCCAGAGCUGGGCUCCCCACUUACCCCCGUCACCCCAGAGCUGGUCACCAUCAGCCCCACAACCGACAGGUCUUCCCCUUCCCCCAGCCCCACCACACCCUCGACGCCCCCCAUGACCCAGUGGAUGGGCCCCGUGCCCAGGCUCUACGACCUAGCCUGUGAGGACACGGUGUGCCCCCCCGACAGCUUCUGCCUCAGUGACUACGAUAGCGGAGGCUCCCGUUGCCACUGCAACCUGGGCCGUAGUGGAGACAUCUGCUCCUAUGGUGAGUCAGGCCAGGUCAGGUCAGGGGGAGUUAACCCUGUGAUGAGAGGACUAGGACCUUGGAUUAGGACAGGGACAAUGCCAGCUUUCUCCUCCUCCUGCUCCUCUUCCACCUCCUCCUCCUGCCCCUCCUUCUCCUCCUCCUCCUCCUCUUCCUGCCCCUCCUCCUCCUUCUCCUCUUCCUGCCCCUCCUCCUCCCUCUCCUCCUCUUCCUGCCCCUCCUUCUCCUCCUCCUGCCCCUCCUUCAACUGCUCCUCCUCCUCCUCCUCCUGCCCCUCCUCCUCCUCCUCCUCCUCCUCCUCAGAAAUAUACUCAAAGCUUAUCUCCUGAGUCUUAUAAACCCUGACAAUCGUUUUCCUGACUUUAAUGAGUGUUUUUAACCCCUCUCCUUGUGGGAGAAUGGAUCAACCCUGUGCAAUCGGAGCGUUCUAUCCUCUAUAAUUGGGGGGGGGGGGGGGGGGGGGGGGUACCCCAGAGACAGUGGCUGAGUUUAGGUCUAUAGACGUCCUUCUGAAAAUGAUCUGUGUCCUCUAUUUCUCUAAGAACGUCUCUCUAGUAGUGGAGAUAGGGUCUGUGGAUGGGGUCUCUUGUGUAGGCCUAAUUAUGUGUCACAAAUUGAUCAUGUGGAGCGCAGGGAGAAGGGAGGGGGGGCAGAGUUUUGAAUAUGUUUGUGUUUCACCUAAAUUCAACUGGGUCGUAUUCAUUACUCACCAAAUUUGCCCCUUGUUAAUUAAAGGUUUAAAAAAAAUAAAAAAUACUCACCAAAUGGAAGAAACAAACUAAAACAAGGAUGGACUAUACCUGAGCUUGUCCAAUAACCAACGCUUGUUUUCGCUUUCCGUUGCAAAGCCUUUUGCCACGGUGUGCCCUAAUGAAUACCAUCCUGUCUCCCACCUUGUUUUGCCCUGCGCUCCUACUUUUUUGAGCCCCAGUAUUUGAAUUCAGUUGAGUGUGUUGCAUGCUCACACAACUGUCUGACUCGAUCAAUGUCAUUGUAAAACACAGUGGCAAAAGAUGAGUUGGUGUUUCCUCCUCUGUGUUUGCCAGGAGUGACGGUGCAGUUCCCAAGGUUCUAUGGGCACUCCCACAUGACCUUUGAACCUCUGAAGAACUCUUACCAGACCUUUCAGAUGACCCUUGAAUUCAAGGUACAGUACUAUACCACUGGUUGUGUGUGUGUGUGUGUGUGUGUGUGUGUGUGUGUGUGUGUGUGUGUGUGUGUGCGUAUUUCCAUCUGUAUCUGUGUGUGUGUGUGUGUAUUUCCAUCUGUAUCUGUGUGUGUGUGUGUGUGUGGUCUGUGCAUGUGUGUGUAUUUCCAUCUGUAUCUGUGUGUGUGUGUGUGUGUGUGUGUGUGUGUGCGUGUGUGUGUGUGUGUGGUCUGUGCAUGUGUGUGUAUUUCCAUCUGUAUCUGUGUGUGUGUGUGUGUGUGUAUCUGUGUGUGUGUGUGUGUGUGGUCUGUGCAUGUGUGUGUAUUUCCAUCUGUAUCUGUGUGUGUGUUGUGUGUUAGGCAGACUUGGAGGAUGGCUUGUUGCUGUACUGUGGGGAGAAUGAACAUGGCCGUGGAGAUUUCACCUCUCUGGCUCUUGUACGAGGCAAGCUGCAUUACAGGUGUGUGACCAGUGUGGUUGCGACGGGUUUGUCUGGGUGUAGGGUGAAUUUGCCCCUUGAUGCUGAUCUUGUGUCAGUUUUGCAUUUUCCCCACUAAUAAUUAAGGUUAGGAUUGGGGGAGGAGAAGCUGAUCCUAGAUCUGUACUUAGGGGAAACUUCAUCCCAGACUGUGUGACAGAGAUUAGGCAUGCUGUGAUAGGGCCAGUGUGGUUGUGUCGGGGGGUGACAGACAAUGUGUUGUGGUUUUUGCAGGUUUAACUGUGGCACGGGGGCAGCUCAGAUAGUCAGUGAGACUCGUAUGGUGCCAGGACAGUGGCACACGGUCACCGUAUUCAGGGACGGCGUGAGUGGCUGGCUGAGAAUGGACAACGACACGCCCGUUUCAGGACGCUCACAGGUGAAGGCAGAACACACCAGCAGAGCCAGCAGAUUUUAGAUUGGGUCGAUAUUUCACUGAGAUGGAAGUGUGAUCUAUCAUAGUCUGUGUCCCAAAUGGCACCUGAUUCCCUAUGUAGUGCACUACUUUUGACCAGAUCCCUAAAGUAGUAGACAAUAUAGGGAAUAAGGUGCCAUUUGGAAUGCAUACAUCCAUGAUUGACAGGUGAUAAUCCCUCUCAUUAGAGAGCUUUGGCGCAUCACGUUUGCUAUUUGGCUUUUUCUGUUUUGCCAGGAUUAGUUAGAGAUUUGCUUGACUGUAAUGGUUUCCCCCUCUCUUUCUUCCUCACAGGGACAGUACACCAAGAUCACAUUCCGAAGCCCGUUGUACGUGGGAGGGGCGCCCACUGCCUAUUGGUUGGUCAGGGCCACAGGGAGCAACCGGGGCUUCCAGGGCUGCAUCCAGAGCCUGACCAUCAACAACAAGGCCACGGAUCUCAGACCCUGGCCCCUAGGCAGCGCACUGAGCGGGGCAGACAUCGGUAAGGGAGGGGGUCCGAUCCAUACACGUCUGGAUGUCUAGCUAGCUUAUAUCUUCUUAAUUCCCACUGGUUUCUGAUGUUUCUUUAUCUUUUUCAUUCAAGUCUUAAAAUCGUCUACUGCUAGUUUUAGUUCUAGCACUUCUAACAGAAUGUCAAUUUGUCCAAAUACCAUGAAUAUUCUGAUGUACAGAAGUCCAUCAGCCCAUAUUAUUGGCCAUGUCUGUGGAAUGAAUCUGUCCCCAGGUCAGACUUGAGCUGGAUUGUUGUCUGGCUUUCUGUAGGUCAACAGUCAGACACCAUAUCGAUUAGUGUAUUUAUACCGGGUGUGGAGUUGAAUGGACAGUCAAUGUUGAUGAGUGUCGACAGAACGAGGGAGAUGCACCGCUGGUUCUCACUCUGUGUCAAAGUGCGGACUCACACUGUAACACCAUAUAGGUGAAAUCAAUGAGGUGAUUCGUCCAAAGAAAGAUGAUAUGAAAUACACAUCCCAUCCCAUAAUGAUGAUGUGUAGGAUAGGGAUAGACAGCAGUGAAAAACUUUUCUUACGCUUGGCUCUUCCUCUGUGGUAGUGUCAUCCACAUUCAAUCUAUUGGCCAAGUCUGGCUGUACAAAUACAUUUAUUUAGAGUUAGGGGGCAGUUAAAAGGAUAGUUAAUUUAGAGUUAGGGGGCAGUUAAAAGGAUAGUUAAUUUAGAGUUAGGGGGCAGUUAAAGAGAUAGUUAAUUUAGAGUUAGGGGGCAGUUAAAGAGAGUUAAUUUAGAGUUAGGGGGCAGUUAAAGGGAUAGUUCAUUUAGAGUUAGGGGGCAGUUAAAGAGAUAGUUAAUUUAGAGUUAGGGGGCUGUUAAAGAGAUAGUUAAUUUAGAGUUAGGGGGCAGUUAAAAGGAUAGUUAAUUUAGAGUUAGGGGGCAGUUAAAAGGAUAGUUAAUUUAGAGUUAGGGGGCAGUUAAAGAGAUAGUUAAUUUAGAGUUAGGGGGCAGUUAAAGAGAGUUAAUUUAGAGUUAGGGGGCAGUUAAAGGGAUAGUUCAUUUAGAGUUAGGGGGCAGUUAAAGAGAUAGUUUAUUUAGAGUUAGGGGGCUGUUAAAGGAUAGUUCAUUUAGAGUUAGGGGGCAGUUAAAGGGAUAGUUCAUUUAGAGUUAGGGGGCAGUUAAAAAAAUAGUUUAUUUAGAGUUAGGGGGCUGUUAAAGAGAUAGUUCAUUUAGAGUUAGGGGGCAGUUAAAAGGAUAGUUAAUUUAGAGUUAGGGGGCAGUUAAAAGGAUAGUUAAUUUAGAGUUAGGGGGCAGUUAAAGAGAUAGUUAAUUUAGAGUUAGGGGGCAGUUAAAGAGAUAGUUAAUUUAGAGUUAGGGGGCAGUUAAAAGGAUAGUUAAUUUAGAGUUAGGGGGCAGUUAAAGAGAGUUUAUUUAGAGUUAGGGGGCAGUUAAAGGGAUAGUUCAUUUAGAGUUAGGGGGCAGUUUACAUUUACAUUUACAUUUUAGUCAUUUAGCAGACGCUCUUAACCAGAGCGACUUACAGGAGCAAUUAGGGUUAAGUGCCUUGCUCAAGGGCACAUUAACGUCAUUUAGCAGACGCUCUUAGCCAGAGCGACUCACAAAUUGGUGCGUUCACCCUAUAGCCAGUGGGAUAAACCACUUUACAAUUUGGGGGGGGGGGGGGGGGGGUUAGAAGGAAUACUUUAUCCUAUCCCAGGUAUUCCUUAAAGAGGUGGGGUUUCAAAUGUCUCCGGAAGGUGGUGAGUGACUCCGCUGUCCUGGCGUCGUGAGGGAGCUUGUUCCACCAUUGGGGUGCCAGAGCAGCGAACAGUUUUGACUGGGCUGAGCGGGAGCUAUGCUUCCGCAGAGGAAGGGGAGCCAGCAGGCCAGAGGUGGAUGAACGCAAUGUCCUCGUUUGGGUGUAGGGACUGAUCAGAGCCUGAAGGUACAGAGGUGCCGUUCCCCUCACUGCUCCAUAGGCAAGCACCAUGGUCUUGUAGCGGAUGCGAGCUUCAACUGGAAGCCAGUGGAGUGUGCGGAGGAGGGGGGUGACGUGAGAGAACUUGGGAAGGUUGAACACCAGAACGGGCUGCGGCAUUCUGGAUGAGUUGUAGGGGUUUAAUGGCACAGGCAGGGAGCCCAGCCAACAGCGAGUUGCAGUAGUCCAGACGGGAGAUGACAAGUGCCUGGACCAGGACCUGCGCCGCUUCCUGUGUAAGGCAGGGUCGCACUCUCCGAAUGUUGUAGAGCAUGAACCUGCAGGAGCGGGUCACCGCCUUGAUGUUGGCGGAGAACGACAGGGUGUUGUCCAGGGUCACGCCUAGGCUCUUCGCACUCUGGGAGGAGGACACAGCGGAGUUGUCAACCGUGAUGGCGAGAUCAUGGAACGGGCAGUCCUUCCCCGGGAGGAAGAGCAGUUAAAGAGAUAGUUUAUUUAGAGUUAGGGGGCUGUUAAAGAGAUAGUUCAUUUAGAGUUAGGGGGCAGUUAAAAGGAUAGUUAAUUUAGAGUUAGGGGGCAGUUAAAAGGAUAGUUAAUUUAGAGUUAGGGGGCAGUUAAAGAGAUAGUUAAUUUAGAGUUAGGGGGCAGUUAAAGAGAGUUCAUUUAGAGUUAGGGGGCUGUUAAAGGGAUAGUUAAUUUAGAGUUAGGGGGCAGUUAAAAGGAUAGUUAAUUUAGAGUUAGGGGGCAGUUAAAAGGAUAGUUAAUUUAGAGUUAGGGGGCAGUUAAAAGAUAGUUAAUUAGAGUUAGGGGGCAGUUUAAAGAGAGUUCAUUUAGAGUUAGGGGCUGUUUAAAGGGAUAGUUCAUUUAGAGUUAGGGGGGGGGGAAAAAGUUUUUUGGGGGGGGCUUUUUUUUUUGGGGGGGAAAAAGGGGUUUUUUAAUUUGUUUUUGGGGGGAAAAAGGGAAAAAAUUUUUGGUUUUUUUAAAAAAAAAAAUUUUUUAAAAAAUUUUUUUAAAACCCCGGGGUUGGGGGGGGGGAAGUUAAAAAAAAAGGGGGGGGGAAAAAAAAGGGGGGGGAAAAAAAAAUUUUUUUUUGGGGGGGAAGUUAAAAAAAUUAAGAGGGGGGGGGGAAAAAAGGGGUUUUUUUAAUUAGGGGGGAAAAGGAAUUUUUGGGGGGGGGAAAAAAGAAAAAUUUUUUUUUUGGGGGGGGGGGGAAAAAAAAUUUUUUAAGGGGGGGAAAAAAUUUUUUUUUAAAAAAAAAAAAAAAAAAAGGGGGGUUUUUAAAAAUUAGGGGGGGGUUUAAAAAUUUGGGGUUUUGGGGGGGAAAAAAUUGGUUUUUUUUUUAAAAAAAAGGGGUUUUUAAUUUUUUUGGGGUUUUUAAAAAAAUUUUUUUUUAAAAAAAAAAAGGGGUUGGGGCAAAAAAGGAAAGGGGGGGGGUUUUUAAAAAAUUUUUUUAAAAAGGGGGGGUUUUUUUAAAUUUUUGGUUUUGGGGAAAAAUUUGGUUUUUUGGGGGGGUUUUUAAAAAAGGGGGAAUUUUUUUGGGGGAAAAAGUUAAAAAAAAUUUUGGGGGGGGAAUUUUUUUAAAAAAAGGGGGUUUUUUAAAAAAUUUUUUAAAAAGGGGGGGGGAAAAAAUUUUUUUUUGGGGGGGGGGGUUUUUUUUUUUUUAAAAAGGGGGGAAAAAAAAGGGGGGUUUUAAAAAAAAAUUUUUUUUAAAAAUUUAAAAAAUUUUUAAAGAAAAAGGGGGGGGGGGUUUUUUUUAAAAAAUUUUAAAAAAAAAAGUUAAAAUUUUUUGGGGGGGGGAAAAAAAGGGGAAUUUUUUUUUUGGGGUUGGGGGUUUUUUAAAAGUUUUUUUGGGGGGGUUUUUUUUUUUUAAAAAAUUUGGGGGUUUUGGGGGGGGGGGAAAAAAAAAGGGAAAAAAAGGGGGUUUUUAAAGGGGAAAGGGGAAAAAAAAAGGGGGGAAAUUUGGAAGGGGGUUUUUAAAAAAAUUUUUUUAAAGGUUAGGGGGGGGGGGAAAAAUUUUAAAAAAAGGGGGGGGAAAAAAUUUUUUUUAAAUUUGGGGGGUUUUUUUUUUAAAAAAAUUUUAAAAAGGGGGGGGAAAAGGGAAUUUUUUAAUUUGGGGGGGGGGGUUUUAAGAGAUUUUUUUAGAUUUGGGGGGGAAAAAAAAUUUUUUUUUGGGGGGGGGGGUUUUUUUAAAAUUGGGGGGGGAAAAAGGGGUUAAAAGGGGGGAAAAAAAGGGGGGGGGUUUUUAAGUUUUUUUUAAAAAAGGGGGGGUUUUUUAAGAGGGGGGGGGUUUUUAAAAAAUUUUUGGGGGGGAAAAAAAGGGGGGGUUUUUUAAAGGGGGGUUUUGGGGGGGGGGAAAAAAAAGGGGAAAAAAAAUUUUUUUUAAGGGGGGGUUUUUAAAGUUUUUUAAAGGGGGUUUAAAAGGAAAAAGGGGGGGUUUUUUUGGGAAUUUUUGGGGGGGAAAGGGGGUUAAAAAAAAAGGGGGGGGGGGGAAAAAGAAAAAGAAAAAGGGGUUUUUUUAAAUUUGGGGCAAAAAAAAGGGGGGGGUUUUGGGGGGGGGAAAAGGAAAUUUUUUUAAAGGGGUUUUUGGGGUUUUUUGGGGGGGGGUUUUUUUGGGGGAUUUAAGGGUUUUUUUUAAAUUUUUUUUUUUUUUGGGGGGGGUUUUUUGAUUUUUUUGGGGAAAAAAAAAGGGGGGGGGAAAAAGGGGGGGGUUGGGGGGAAAAGGGGGAAAAAAAAAAGGGGGUUUUUAAAGGGGGGAAAAAAAAGGGGGUUUUUGAAAAAAGGGGGGGAAAAAAAUUUUUUUGGGGGGGGGGUUUUUUAAAGGGGGGGGUUUUUAAAAAAUUGGGGGGAAAAGGGGGGAAAAAAAAUUGGGGGUUUUUUUUAAAGAGGGGGGUUUUUUUUGGGGGGGGUUUUUUUUUUUUUUGAGUUGGGGGAAAGGGGGGGGUUUAAAAAAUUUAAAAAUUUUUGGGGGGGUUUUUUUUUUUUUUUUUGGGGGGGGGAAAAAAUUUUUAAAAGAAAAAGGGGUUUAAAAAAAAAUUUUUUUUGGGGUUUUUAAAAAGGGGGGGGGGGGGGGAAAAAAAAAGGGGUUUUUUGGGGGGAAAAAGGGGGGGGUUUUGGGAGGGGGUUUAAAAAAAAUUUUGGGGGGAAAAAAAGGGAAAUUUAAAAGGGGGGGGGGGAAAAUUUUUUUUUAAAGGGGGGGGAAAAAGGGGGAAAAUUUUUUUGGGGGGGGUUGGGGGGUUUUUUUGGGGGGGAGAAAUUUUAUUUAGAGUUAGGGGCUUAAAAGGAAAAGUUAUUUAAAUUUUAGGGGGGGGGGGAAUUUUUGGGUUGGGGGGGGGGGGGUUAAUUUAAUUUGGGGGCAUUAAAGAAAGUUAAUUUAGUUUUUAGGGGCGUUAAGGAUUUUUAAUUGGGGGAUUUUGGGGAGUUAAUUUAGAGUUAGGGGGUUAAAGGGGAUAGUUAAUUUAAUUUGGGGAAAAAGGAAUUAUUUAGAGUUGGGGCGUUAAGGGAUUUAUUUGAUUUGGGGGCAUUAAGAGAGUUAAUUUAAGUUAGGGGGCCAUUAAAGGAUAGUUAAUUUAGAUUUUAGGGGGGCAUUUAAAAGAGAUAUUUUUUAAGUUAGGGGGCAGUUAAAAAGUUAAUUUAAAAUUUUAGGGGGGGGGUUUAAAAAAGUUCUUUGAGUUGGGGGGCGUUAAGAGAGUUCAUUUAGAUUUGGGGGGGGGGCUUUAAAAGUAGUUCUUUUGUUUUGGGGGCGUUAAAGAGAUUUUUCUAAACAUCAAAAAAACACAUCUUCACAGGUUUUACUUUGUACAAAAGGGGAAAAUUUUACGCAACAUUUCUUGGGUUUGCAAAAACGUGGACAGGGGGGUUUGUUGUUGUUGUUUUUUGAGUAAACGGUCGCUUAAACCCAAGUCUGUGUUGGUCCUCUUCUUUGUUCUCCAGGUGGUGAGGACGUGUUGUGAGAGGUGCCCUGCCCAACAGGGAUCUGCUUUCCCAAACCGGGGGGACGGGUACAUCUGUCUGGCCCUCUGGCUUCAGGGGCCCCGGGGAAGAGAGUGAGCCCUUUUUCCGUCCUCUAUGGGGAUCACAAUGCCCUGGGGCCUGGUCAAAUGUACUUGUAGGGAAUGGUCUUUUGGGGGAAUAUCGCUGAUUCUCUCAACCAACUGUAAAAAUGCAAUUGUGAAUACUUUGUAUUGAUUUUUUUAAGAUUUUGUUUGUCUUUGAUUGCAUUGCAUAGCCCCUUUUACAGAGCAGUUUUAGCUAUAAAAAUAUGGUUUUUAAAAAAAAAUUUUAACCCCCCCCCCCCCCCAAAUUUUUUUUCCCCCCCCCCCCUUUUUUUUCCCCCCCCCCCCCCCCCCCUUUUCCCCCCCCCUCAAUCCCCCUCUCUCCCCUCCCCCCCCCCCCCCCCCCCACCCCCCCCCUCCCCCCCCCCUUUUCUCCCCCCAUCCCCCCCCCCCCCUCCCCCCUCCCUCCCCCCCCCCUUCUCCCUUCCCCCUCCCCCCUCUCCCCCCUCUUUUUUCCCUCAUCCCCCUCUCUCCCCUCCCCCCCCCCUCUCUCUCCCUCUCCCCCUCUCCCUCCCCCUCACCCCCUCUCUUUUUUCCCUCUCCCCUCCUCUCUCCCCUCCCCCCUCUCUCUCUCCCUCUCCCCCCCUCCCUUCCCCUCCCCCUCUCUCUCUCCCCCCUUCCCCCCCCCCCUCCUCUUUCCCUCAUCCCCCUCCCCCCUCAUCCCCCCCUCUCUCCCCUAUCCCCCCCCCCUUUCCCCACCCCCCCUCUCUCCUCCCCCCCCUCUCUCUCCCUCACCCCCCUCUCUCUCUCCCUCAUCCCCCCUCUCUCUCCCUCAUCCCCCUCUCUCUCCCCUCCCAUCCCCCUCCUCCUCUCCCUCAUCCCCUCUCUUUCCCUCAUCCCCCUCUCUCUCUCCCUCAUCCCCCUCUCUCCCUCCCCCUCCCCUCUCUCCCUUCCCCCCCCUCUCCCUCAUCCCCCCUCCCUCCCUCUCCCCCUCUCUCCCCUCUCCCCCUCUUUUCCCCUCCCCCUCCUCUCCCCCUCAUCCCCCCCUCUUUUUCCUCAUCCCCCUCCCUCUCUCUUCCCCUCAUCCCCCUCUCUCUUCCCUCUCCCCCUCUCUCUUUCCCCCCUCCCCCUCUCUCUCUCUCCCUCUUCCCCUCUCUCUCUCCCUCAUCCCCCUCUCUCUUUCCCCCCUCCCCCCUCCUCUUCCCUCUCCCCCUCUCCCUCUCUCCCUCACCCCCCCUCCUCUCCCCCCCUCCCCCCCUCUCCUCUCCCUCAUCCCCCCUCUGCUCCCUCAUCCCCCUCUCUCUCCCCCUUUCCCCCCUCUCUCCUCUCCCCCCCUCCCAUCCCCUCCUCUCCCCCCCUCUCCUCUCCUCAUCCCCUCUUUUUCCUCCCUUCUCCCCCCCCCUCUCUCUCCCUCCCCCUCCUUUUCCCCCUUUCUCCCCCUCCUCUCUCUCCCUCAUCCCCCUCCUUUUUCCCCCCCCCUCCCUCAUCCCCCUCUCUCUUUCCCUCAUCCCCUCUCUCUCUCCCUCUCCCCCCUCUCUCCCUCCCCCUCCUCUCUCUCCCCUCCCCCUCUCUCUUUUUCCCUCAUCCCCCUCUUCCCUCAUCCCCCUCUCUCCCUCAUCCCCCCCCCCUCUCUCCUCAUCCCCCCCUCUCUCUUCCCCCUUCCCCCUCUCCCCCUCUCUCUCUCCCUCAUCCCCCUCUCUCCUCCCUCAUCCCCCUCUCCUCCAUCUCCCUCAUCCCCCUCCUCCUCCUUUUCCCUCAUCCCCCCACUCUUUCCCUCAUCCCCCCACUCUUUCUCCCCCGUCAUCCCCCUCUCUCCUGCUCCCUCACCCCCUGCUCUCCCCUCAAUCCCCUCUCUCUCUCUCCCUCACCCCCCUCUAUAAUAUAGCUAUAAUAAUAUGGUGUUAUUAGAAACAUAUUAAUUCAUUGAUUAAUACAUUUAGGUAUUCAAUACUGGCUUCUGCCCAUUAAAUCAUACUUGUACAGUUGUGACAUAAGCCAUAGACAUGUUUCUUUAUUGUGCUACAGACCCUGCAUGCUACUUAGAAAGAUCAGCGUUCGAUUAGGAAACAUUUUCCAACUCUUCUCCCCCAACUCUAUCCCAAACCUGUCCCUCUAUCCCAAACCUGUCCCUCUAUCUCAAACCUGUCACUCUAUCUAAAACCUGUCCCUCUAUCUAAAACCACUGCCAGGUUUCCUGCUGUCUCUGCCGCUCUUCAACGAGACCAUGUUUUCGUACGCUAGCGCCCCUUGGCCCCAGUCCCUCCUCAGUUACCUGUCCUUCAUGGAGUUUGAGAUCACCUUCCAGCCGACCAGUCCUGACGGCACGCUGCUCUACAGCGACGACGCCGGCAGCCGGGACUUCCUGUCUAUCAACCUGGUGGAAGGAUACGUGGAGUUCCGUUUUGACUGUGGCUCGGGAGGGUCCGUCAUUAGGUACAGGCUUCAUUGAAAGAUCUUUAGAAGAUACGACUUUGUUAUGACUGUUUUGUAGUGUUUGUAGACUUGUGCUGGCAACUCUUUGUUCAUAUGUAUUGGAAAUGGUGACUGUUUGACCCAAGCUUUUCCUGUCUGUGUGUGUCUGUGUCUGUGUGCGUGUGUGUGUGUUUGUCUGUGUGCGUGCGUGCGCAUGCAUGUGUAGGAGUGAGGAGCAGGUCAGUAUAGGCACAUGGCAUGAGCUGCGGGUCUCUCGUACAGCCAAGAGUGGCAUCCUGCAGGUGGACAACCAGAGGCCCAUGGAGGGCAUAGCUGAGGUACACGACUGGACUAGGAUUGGACAUUUCCCAUAACUUUCCCCAAAUUCCCAGGUUUUCCAGAAAUCCUGGUUGGAGAAUUACAGAUGUCCUACCUUUUCUAUCCUGAUUCUGGGAAUUUUAUCGAUUGGGAUUUUGGGGAAAGUUACCAGAAAUCUGCCACCCAAGUGCAUACUCACCUUUUAGAACAGAAUAUUAGUUGGCCUACUGUAUGUUAUCUGGCUAUGUGUCAUGCUUAGGCUGUUGGCUUGUUCAUUUAGUAGACAAGAUAUGCUUAAGUCCUGUGCCAUUAUUUUAUAUUAUAUGAUUUAUUAUUUAUAUUAUAUGAUUUAUUAUUUAAUAGUGAGAAGAAUAUAAUUUAACUUAGCUGAAUAAAAUAGAAAGGGGAUAUUUUUCCCAUUCCGGAACGAGUGUACAUAUGAAGUGGCUAUGUUGAGCGUAAAAGUGAUCAUUUGAAACAGGUCCUAUACACUAGAUUUAGAGUUCUUUGGCAACUUUAGUUGUGAAUGAUACAAACCUUAGAAUGUCACAGAAGUCAAAACAUAUAUGGGCUGCAUGAUGCGACUAUAGGCUAUUGAUGAUUUGAGAAAGUAGCAAAAACAUUGUUGCCGCCCAUAGCAUUGAAUGGAAGGGAAGCCAGCGAGCAUUUGGCCUCCCUUGAUAAAGAAAUAUAUAAAAUAAUAGCCAAUCAGUGUUGAUCUAAACUGAGCAAGCUAAGCUGUGAAUGGUCCUGGCGCACCAAAAAAAGUGUCAAGGGAAGCCAAUUUGGAUUUGGCUUCAGACCAAUCACAUCACAAGCCAAACGUCAUUAUUGACAGAAAAAAAACUUGAAUUGUUGCAUCUCGUUGUGUUGUUGUCCUCUGGUGGCUAGCUAGCUAAAAUCGUCCCUUUCCUAAAUUAGUCAUGGAUGGAGAUAGGGAUUUGGACUUGUGGUUGUGGUUGUACCUAAUUCUCCGUACUGGCCAAUGAUUAUAACGGCGAUUCUGAUCCAACCAUAAAUUCAUACAUUGUGCCCCUGGCCUGAGAGGAUGGAAGUUCAACAUGUAGCUAGAUGUAGUAUGCUAAUGUUAACUAGCUGGCCUGGCGCAUCAUUUCCCAUGAAAGGAAGUUAAGCUAGCGAGCAGGUAUUUUAGCCAGGUAGCCUAGGACAACAGAUGUUGCUCUCCGGUUUUGUAAUGAAACGAAGGUGUGGUUGAAUUUAUUCUGCCACUGUGUUUUCUUAUUGCCUUUAGGCCUACAUAUCACAGUGUCAAGGCAUAUCAACUAACAGGUUAUAGAGCAAACAACACAAUUAUCACAACACAUACAGUAGGUUGUAAUAUGGCAUUUUUUUCUGGGUUGGCUUCCCCAGUGAUUUUACCCACACAUCGCUACUGGCUAUCUGUAUGCACUAGAAUAGCGAAUGGAGGCUGCUUUCCUGCAGGUCCUUUGUUCUUUUUUCAAUCAUGCCAAUUAAGCUACUCCGGUUAUUUCACUCCAUGCAUCAACCACUGUUUGAGGAGCAUAAUGCCUCUCGCUCCGUGACAGGUAUUCCGUCCCAAACUCUGUAUGCCAUUGCCUCUCCAACCCUGUUCCUGCAGCUACCCAGUGCUUAAUUUGGCAAACCAAAUUCGAUGUUUUCACCAUUAAACAUAUUUCAUUACACUGUUACACAGCCCCUCUCAAUUCGUGCUCGAGAAAGGAAUGAAGGAGAGAGAGGAGAUGGAAAUGCGCAGUGGUGAGAUAUUCUGUAGCUAAAGGUAAUGUGUUAGCCUAUUAAUUAUGGAAAUAAAAGAAAUGCCCUCUUACUAAGCUAUUCAAAAUCAAAUAGAAAUUCACUAUAAUUGUAGGCUGACUCUGUAAGCUGCACAAUCAGUGAACCAAAAACAUCGCCUAGGCCUAUAUGUUCUCUCCCAGACUCAUGGAUAGAACGUUUGGCGCAUAGCAUAAGGUAACCAGUCCAUCCAGUAUGCAUAAUAAUACAGUCCACACUCAAAGGCCAUUACUAGAAUUUGUUUAAUUUUGGAGUAUAGGCUAGACCAAUCAUAUACCAAAGACAUCUUAAAUCAGUGCUUUUUAUGUUUUUCUGUCGUGCAUAAUAUUCGGUAGGCUAUGUAUUGCAUAACUGCACAAUCAUUAUAGUUCAGGUUAUAUUUCAGGCUUGGGCUCAUAUACAGUGCAUUUGGAAAGUAUUCAGACCCCUUGACAGUUUCCACAUUUUGUUACAUACAGCCUUAUUCUAAAAUGGAUUACAUUUGUUUUUUUCCCUCAUCAAUACCCGAUAAUGACAAAGCAAAAACAGGUUUUUAGACAUUUUUGCAAAUGUAUUAAAAAUAAAAAAAAGGAAAUAUCACAUUUACAUAAGUAUUCAGACCCUUUACUCAGUACUUUGUUGAAGCACCAUUGGAAGCGAUUACAGCCUUGCGUCUUCUUGGGUAUGACGCUACAACCUUGGCACACCUGUAUUUGGGGAGUUUCUCCCAAUCUUUUCUGCAGAUCCUCUCAAGCUCUGUCAGGUUGGACGGGGAGCGUCGCUGCACAGCUAUUUUCAGGUCUCUCCAGAGAUGUUCGAUCAGGUUCAAGUCCGGAAACUGGACAUUCACUCCUGCGUUGUCUUGGCUGUGUGAGGUCCUGAGCGGCCUGGAACAGGUUUUCAUCAAGGAUCUCUCUGUACUUUGCUCCGUUCAUCUUUGCCUCAAUCCUGACUAGUCUCCCAGUCCCUGCCGCUGAAAAACACCCCCACAGUAUGAUGCUGCCACCACCAUGCUUCACCGUAGGAUGGUGCCAGGUUUUCUCCAGACGUGACGCUUGGCAUUCAGGCCAAAGAGUUCAAUCUUGGUUUCAUCAGACCAGAGAACCAUUUUCUCAUAUGGUCUGAGAGUCUUUAGGUGCCUUUUGGCAAACUCCAAGUGGGCUGUCAUGUGCCUUUUACUGAGGAGUGGCUUCCGUCUGGCCACUCUACGAUAAAGGCCUGACUGGUGGAGUGCUGCAGAGAUGGUUGUCCUUCUGGAAGGUUCUCCCAUCUCCACAGAGGAACUCUGGAGCUCUGUCAAAGUGACCAUCGGGUUCUUGGUCACCUCCCUUAACAAAGGCUCUUCUCUACCAAUUGCUCAGUUUGGGCGGGCAGCCAGCUCUAGGAAGAGUCUUGGUGGUUCCAAACUUCUUCCAUUUUAAGAAUGAUGGAGGCCACUGUGUUCUUGUGGACCUUAAAUGCUGCAGACAUUUUUUGGUACCCUUCCCCAGAUCUGUGCCUUGACACAAUCCUGUCUCUGAGCUCUAUAGACAAUUCCUUCAACCUCAUGACUUGGUUUUUGCUCUGACAUUCACUGUCAACUGUGGGAACCUUAUAUAGACAGGUGUGUGCCUUUCCAAAUCAUGUCCAAUCAAUUGAAUUUACCACAGGUGGACUCCAAUCAAGUUGUAGAAACAUCUCAAGGACGAUCAAUGGAAACAGGGAACCUGAGCUCAAUAUCGAGUCUCAAAGCAAAGGGUCUGAAUACAUAUGUAAAUAAGGUAUUUCUGUUUUAGAUUUUUAAUACAUUUGCUAAAAUUUCUAAAAACCUGUUUUCGCUUUGUCAUUACGGGGUAUUUUGUGUAGAUUAAUAUUUGUUAUUUUUAAAAUAUAUAUUUUAGAAUAAGGCUGUAACGUAACAACACUUGGAAAAAAUCAAGGGCUCUGAAUACUUUCCGAAUGCACUGUAUAGGCCUAUGUGUAUGCAUAUGCAUGAGCUCUAAUAUGCAUAUGAUGAUAAGUGUUUGAUGUGAUGAUUAGAGCCCUGAGUACCAGGCCAUUAGAGACCUGAUGGUCGUUAGUGAGUUGGGUUGCACCAAUGCAUGUCUGGAGUGCAUAAAAUGAGAUUACCGUGACUCAAUGGUCACAUGGAAUUGUCCUGACUCAUGACUGCCGGUAAUAUGGUCACCACAACAGCCCUACACCUGACCAGGUAAAAACUCUAGGGCACAGAGUUUUCCUAGGUCAGGUGGCAUGGUCAGGAAAAACUACUGUGACUCUACCCUGUCUCUACAGUGACUCUACACUACUGUGACUACUCUACUGUGACUAUACUGUGACUAUACUCUACUGUGACUACUGUGACUCUACUCUUCUGUGACUCUAAUCUACUGUGACUCUACUAUAUUGUGAUUAUAUUGUGACUCUACUGUGACUCAACUCUACUAUGACUCUACUGUCAAUGUACUCUACUGUGACUCUACUCUACCGUGACUACUGUGACUCUACUCUACUGUGACUACUGUGACUCUACUCUACUGUGACUCUAAUCUACUGUGACUCUACUCUACUAUGAGUUUACUAUACUAUGACUCUACUCUACUGUAUACUAUUGUGACUACACUUCUGUGACUCUACUGUGACUCUACCAUGACUACUGUGACUCUACUCUAUUGUGACUACUGUGACUCUACUUUACUUUACUCUAAUGUGAAUUCACUUAACUGUGACUCUACUGUUACUCUACUUUACUGUGACUCCACUCUACUGGGACUUUACUGGGACUCUACUUUGACUCUACUCUACUGUGACUUGACUCUGCUGGGACUCUACUAUACUGUGAUGCUGCUGUGACUCGACUGUGAGUCUACUCUACUGUGAUUCUACUAUACUGUGAAUACUCUACUGUGACUCUACUCUACUGUGAAUCUCCUGUGACUGUCCUCUACAGUGACUUGCCUGUGACUCUACUCUACUGUGCCCCUACUCUACUGUGACUCUACUGUGACUCUACUCUACUGUGACAGUACUCUACAGUGACCCUCCUGUGACUCUACUCUAAUGUGUCUCUACUCUACUGUGACUCUACUCUACUACGACUCUACUCUACUGUAACUCUACUGUGACUGUACUGCGACUCUACUCUUCUGUGACUCUACUGUGAGUGUGUUAUAAUGUGACUGUACUGUGACUCUACUCUACUGUGACUACUCUACUGUGACUCUACUCUAUUGUGAUUCUACUGUGACUAUACUGUUACUGUACUCUACUGUGACUACUGUGACUCUGUGGCUCUACUCUACACGUGGUCCUCUGUAGCUCAGCUGGUAGAGCAUGGCGCUUGUAACGCUAAGGUAGUGGGUUCGAUCCCCGCGACCACCCAUACACAAAAAAAAAAUGUAUGCACGCAUGACUGUAAGUCGCUUUGGAUAAAAGCGUCUGCUAAAUGGCAUAUUAUAUUAUUAUUAUUAUUACUCUACUGUGACUCUACUGUGACUACUAUGACUCUACUGUGAUUCUACUGUGACUCUACUAUACUGAGACUCUACCAUGACUCUACUCUACUGUGACUCUACUGUGAUUAUACUAUACUGUGACUCUACCAUGACUCUACUGUGACUCUACUGUGACUCUAUAACUCUACUGUGACUCUACUGUGACUUCUGUCUCUACUCUGGUGUGACUCUACUGUGACUCUAUAGACUUCUGAUUCUACUCUACUGUGACUCUACUCUAAUAUGACUCUAUUGUAAAUCUACUGUGACUCUACUCUACUGUGAUUCUACUGCGUCUCUACCGUGACUUUACGGUGACUCUACUGACUACACUACUUUGACUACUCUAGUGUGACUCUACUCUACUGUGACUCUACUCUAACGUGACUUUACUGUGACUCUACUCUACCUCUACUGUGAAUCUAUUGUGACUACCCUGUGACUCUACUCUUGUGAUUCUACUGUAAAUCUAUUUUUACUUUACUGUGACUCUACUCUACUAUGGCACUACUGUGACUAGUCUACUGUUACUCUACUGUGACUGUACUCCACUGUGACUACGUUGACUCUACUGUGACUUUACUAUGACUACUGCGACUCUACUGUGGCUCUACUCUACUGUGACUAUACUCUAUUAUGACUCUACUGUGACUCUACUCUACUGUGACUCUACUCUACUGUGGCUCUAGUGUACUGUGAUUCUACUAUGAUUCUACUCUACUCCGACUCUACUGUGACUCUACUGUGACUCUAUUCUACUGUGCCUCUAGUAUGACUCUACUGUGUCUCUACUGUGAAUUAUGAAAAUAAAAAAAAUGCCAGAUUACUAUGCUAUUCAAAAUCAAAUAGAAAUUUGCUAUAAUGGUAGGCUGACUCUGUAAGCCGCCCUGAACAAUCAGUGAACAAACAACAUCGCCUAGGCCUAUAUGUUCUCUCCCAGACUCAUGGAUAGAACGUUUGGAGCAUAGCAUAAGGUAACCAGUCCAUCCAGUAUGCAUAAUAAUACAGUCCACACUCAAAGGCCAUUACUAGAAUUUGUUUAAUUUUGGAGUAUAGGCUAGACCAAUCAUGUACCAAAGACAUCUUAAAUCAGUGCUUUUUAUGUUUUUCUGUCGUGCAUAAUAUGCAGUAAGCUAUGUAUUGCAUAACUGCACAAUCAUUAUUUUAGUUCAGUGUUUUCUUUGGGCUUGGGUUCAUAUACAGUAUAGGCCUAUUCGUAUGCAUAAGCUCUAAUAUGCAUAUGAGUGUUUUGAAUUAAUUAUCACCUUAGAGAGCGCUGUCCAUUUCAUUAUAUUAGGCUUUGAAACAACAUCCACAAUGACCAUGUUUUCCGCUCAGUUUCAACCUGUUGUUUAACUUCUUUCUUCAAAUUGAUCAAUCACAGUGAUGUGAGUUUUAAAAGCAUGAGACUGUUUUGAUGAUAAGUGUUUGUUCGAUUGCAUUUGUAUUGAUGUCAGAGUGGUUAGAGGGACAAUAGAGCCCUGAGUACCAGGCCAUUAGUGACCUGAUGGUCGUUUGUGAGUUGGGUUGCAUCAAUGCAUGUCCAGAGUGCAUAAAAGGAGAUUACCGUGACUCAAUGGUCACGUGGAAUUUUACUGCGGUCAUGACUCAUGACUGUCGGUAAUAUGGUCACCACAACAGCCCUACACCUGACCAGGUAAAAACUCUAGGGCACAGAGUUUUCCUAGGUCAGGUGGCAUGGUCAGGAAAAACUACUGUGACUCUACCUUGUCUCUACAGUGACUCUACACUACUGUGACUCUACUCUACUGUGACUAUACUGUGACUAUACUCUACUGUGACUUACCCCGUGCACUAUACUCUCUGUGACUCUCUACUGUGACUCUCACAAUUGUGUAAGGGGACUCUACUCUGACUCUCUACUUGACUCUACUGUCAAUUACUCUACUGUGACAUACUCUACGUGACUACUGUGACUCUACUCUACUGUGACUCUCCUUCACUGUGACUCUACUCUACUGUGACUAACGUGACUCUAAUCUAUACUGUGACUCUACUCUACUGUACUUUACUUGAUGUGACUCGACUCUACUCUACUGGACUCUACUCUACUGUGACUCUACUGUGAUUGUAUAUGGACUCUACUAUUAUUGACUGUACUGUGACUAUACUCUACUGUGACUACUUAUUAUUCUACUGUGACAUCUGUGAUUCCUACUGUGACUUCUCUAUAACGUUACUGUGACUACUGUGACUCUACUCUACUGUGACUCUACUACUACUUUACUCUACUGUGACUCUACUCUACUGUGACUCUGUGACUACUCUUCGCUUGACUUUACUGUGACUCUACCAUUGACUACUUGAUUUUACUCUACUGUGACUCUACUCUAUGAUCGACUACUUACUCUACUGUGAAUCUACUCUAUGACCUGUGAUCUACUUACUGUGAUCUCCUACCUUCUUACUGUGACUUACUGGACUACUACUGUGACUACUCUACUGUUUGAUUACUCUACUGUGACUUUUACUCACAUGACUUACUCUACUGUGACUCUACUUACUGUGACCUCUACUGUGACAUCUACUCUACUGUGAUCUACACUGGACUCUACUGUGACUUACUUACUGUAAUCUCUGAUUACUCUACUGUGACUCUACUCUACUAUGUGCCCCUACUUACUGUGACUCUAUCUAUGACUCUACUGUGACUCUACUCUACUGUGAUCUACUCUACUGACCUCUACUGUGACUCUACUUACUGUCGGACUUACUCUACUACUCUACUGUGACUCUACUCUACUUCGACCUACUGUGACUCUACUCUACUGUGACUUACUGGGUACUGACUACUCUACUGUGACUCUACUCUAUCUAGUGACUCUACUUACUGUGACUCUAUCUCUGUGACUAUCUAUACUCUACUGUGACUCUACUCUACUCUAGUGACCUACUGUGACUCUGUACUCUACUGUGGCUCUACUGCUACUGUGACUCUACUUACUGUGCCUACUACUACUCUGAUUGACUUACUUACUACGACUCUACUGUGAUUACUUACUCUGACUUAUCUCAUGUCUACUGCUAUCUGUGAUCAUGACUCAUACUCUACUGUGCUCUACUCAUGUGACUUUUCUCUACUGUGACUCUACUCUACUGUCUCUACUCUACUGUGACUUACUUAUGUGACUUCUGUAUCUACUGUGACUCUACUCUAUUCUACUGUGCCUCUAGUAUGACUCUACUGUGUCUCUACUGUGAAUUAUGAAAAUAUAAAAAAUGCCUGACUACUAUGCUAUUCAAAAUCAAAUAGAAAUUCGCUAUAAUGGUAGGCUGACUCUGUAAGCCGCCCUGAACAAUCAGUGAACAAACAACAUCGCCUAGGCCUAUAUGUUCUCUCCCAGACUCAUGGAUAGAAAGUUUGGAGCAUAGCAUAAGGUAACCAGUCCAUCCAGUAUGCAUAAUAAUACAGUCCACACUCAAAGGCCAUUACUAGAAUUUGUUUAAUUUUGGAGUAUAGGCUAGACCAAUCAUGUACCAAAGACAUCUUAAAUCAGUGCUUUUUAUGUUUUUCUGUCGUGCAUAAUAUGCGGUAAGCUAUGUAUUGCAUAACUGCACAAUCAUUAUUUUAGUUCAGUGUUUUCUUUGGGCUUGGGUUCAUAUACAGUAUAGGCCUAUUCGUAUGCAUAAGCUCUAAUAUGCAUAUGAGUGUUUUGAAUUAAUUAUCACCUUAGAGAGCGCUGUCCAUUUCAUUAUAUUAGGCUUUGAAACAACAUCCACAAUGACCAUGUUUUCCGCUCAGUUUCAACCUGUUGUUUAACUUCUUUCUUCAAAUUGAUCAAUCACAGUGAUGUGAGUUUUAAAAGCAUGAGACUGUUUUGAUGAUAAGUGUUUGUUCGAUUGCAUUUGUAUUGAUGUCAGAGUGGUUAGAGGGACAAUAGAGCCCUGAGUACCAGGCCAUUAGUGACCUGAUGGUCGUUUGUGAGUUGGGUUGCAUCAAUGCAUGUCCAGAGUGCAUAAAAGGAGAUUACCGUGACUCAAUGGUCACGUGGAAUUUUACUGCGGUCAUGACUCAUGACCGUCGGUAAUAUGGUCACCACAACAGCCCUACACCUGACCAGGUAAAAACUCUAGGGCACAGAGUUUUCCUAAGUCAGGUGGCAUGGUCAGGGAAAAUUCUACUGUGAUUCUACUGUGACUACUGUGACUCUACACUACUGUGAUUCUACUGUGACUACUGUGACUCUACUCUACUGUGAUUCUACUGUGACUACUGUGACUCCACCUCCAGGGAGCCUUCACUCAGAUCAAGUGCAGCUCUCCUCUGUACAUCGGCGGAGUUCCACAAUACGACAAAACCAAGAGCGCCGCGGCCGUGCGCCGCCCCUUCAGCGGCACCAUCCAGAAGGUACUGUUACUGUAUGGAGGGGCUGAAACAGCCAUACCUCCUGCCCUGUCACACAGGCAAUGUCCCAAAUGGUCCAUAGGGCUCUGGUCAAAGGUAGUGCACUAUGUAGGGAAUAGGGUGCCACAGUCCCUCCAGGGGUCCGUUCAGUUCGAUUACAUGUUUGCUACAUUGCGUAACGUCUUGUACUGACACGUUUCUUGAACGUUCUUGAACAGACUUUGAGGUACGAGCCUCCCGAGUGGCGCAGCAGUCUAAGGCACUGCAUCACAGUUCUUGAGGCGUCACUACAGAUCCGGGUUCGAUCCCGGGCUGUGUCGCAGCCGGCCGUGACCGGGAGACCCAUGAGGCGACGCACAAUUGGCCCAGCGUCGUCCGGGUUAGGGGAGGGAUUGGCAGACCGGGAUGUCCCUUGUCCCAUCUUGAUUUAGCGACUCCUGUGGCGGGCCGGGUGCAUGCACGCUGACACGGUCACCAGAUGUGCAGUGUUUCCUCCGACACAUUGGUGCGGCUGGCUUCCGGGUUAAGCGAGCAGUGUGUCAAGAAGCAGUGAGGCUUGGCAGGGUCGUGUUUCGGAGGACGCAUGGCUCUUGACCUUUGUUUCUCCCGAGUCCGUACUGGAGUUCAAGACUGUAACUACCAAUUGGAAAUCACGAAAAAGGGGUUAAAAGUACAACGAAAAAAUAAGACUUUGAGGUACGUUUGCUCCGUUUGGUGGGUGUGGCGAGGUGUGGCUUGUAGCAAUGAGUGACGUAUUUAAAGGGCAGCUAACAGCGUUCCCCAAACCCCUCCCCGUUUUUCAACUGGUCGUUCAGAACAGCACCGUUUCCGUUUAAUUGUACGUUGCAUUAUGUUUUUCUUUCGCACUGAACGCAGCCCAGUUGUUAGGUUUUAACUAACUGUGUCAAGAGAGUUCAUAGUAUAUAAUGACUCAGAAAAUGAGUAUGAUAUCCCACAAACACAACUGAUUUGGCUUUUCAAAUACAUGUUAAAGUGUUGGGACGGCCCAUGUGACAACGAGGAGGACCACAGUGGAAAUAAGUAUUUUUGACUUAGUUGUGUUUUUCUCCUCGAUUGUUGUUAAUGUGUGUGUUGUGGUAUUCACAUGGUUGAGGAAAGUUUAGAUAUAUUUUACAAUGGUCAACUCAAUUCAUUCAUUUAUUAAUUCAUUAGUUUGUUAAUUAAUUCAGUAUUUCAUUCAUUCAUUUGUUCAUAUAGGAGAAGGAAACAGUAGAAUUACUGAUUGUUCAUUUAACGUUCUCCUCAUCUACCCUCUCUCCUUGUUGUGUCAGCUGGUUCUGAAUGACCGCAGCAUCCUGCUGACCAAGGACUUUGCUCUGGGGGUGAACGUGGAGAACGCAGCCCACCCAUGUGUGGAGAGUCCCUGUGCCAACGGCGGCACCUGCAGGCCGAAAUGGGACCGCUACGAGUGUGACUGCCCUCUCGGCUACGAUGGCCGGCACUGCCAGAAGGGUGAGAGAUGGAAGGGAGGGGACACCCUAAGGAAAGAAAUUGUGCCAACAUCCACAUUUUCCACAAGUUAUACUCUGUAGGCUACAUUCUGUAUGAGAAGGUAGAUUUUGGUGGAAAAUAUUCAGCAUUUAAAUGUAAUUUUUUAUGUAUGUAAUGUAUUUGAACGACAUAAUGUCUUCUAAGCCGUUGUCUUCUCUGUUUUAUGCUUUCUCUGUGCAGAGUGUGGGAAUUACUGUUUAAACAGUAAGUUUUCUAUCACCACUGUAUUGCAUACAGUAAACCAUACUUUAAAACAUGUUCACAAAUACGAGGCUACCUCUGUUCAUCUACCACAUCAGACUUUAAUAACGCUGUUUGUACACUUAUUUUACCUCGGGUGUAUUUACUAGGAACCACACAGAACAAAUAGGCCAAAACCAGGAGGGACACUCCUGAAUUUGUCCAAUCAGAAACUCUCAAAUUCGCAACAAAACAUGUUCAGUUGCAAAACGUUUUGCUACGGUAUCCACUAAUGAAUACACCCGUUCAUUAUCCUCAGUUUGUACCAUGCUUAGGAGGACAUCUACUGGCCACAUUGUGUAAAUGUAGCAUUUUAUUAUUUUCAGCUUUCACAGAGGCCAUUGAGAUUCCACAAUUCAUUGGCCGCAGUUACCUCACCUACGACAAUCCUGAAAUCCUGAAAAGGUUUGUCUACGUGUGUGUGUGUGUGAACGUGCGUGUUUGUGUGUAUGCAUGUAUGUGUGAUUUAAAGUGAAAACACUACCACACCAAUUUGCCUUUCUAAAGCAUUGGGUUCAGACAGUUAUACUAUGACUUCAGCAGUAGUUGAGUUGUACUGUAUGACAUAGUUUCUGUCUAUUAGCUUUAGUCAGAUGAUGACGCAGGGAUAUCACUAUGGUAACACAGGGAUAUACAGUCAGCCAAUGGGAGUAAAACACAGUGAACUAGAAAGCACUAACCCUCCCUCGGGGUGUGUGGGAUUAUAAGAAAAGGGCUAAGUGUGCCACUCUGUGCUGACAUGUCCUGUGUGUUUCUCACCCCAGGGUUUCGGGCGUCAGGACCAACAUGUUCAUGCGCUUUAAGAGCACGGCGAAGGAUGGUCUGUUGCUAUGGCGAGGCGACAGCCAAGUGAGGCCCAACAGUGACUUCCUGUCUCUCGGACUGCAGGAUGGAGCGCUCAUCUUUAGGUGAACCCCUCACGUCACGCAUCACUCGAGUCCACACCUUCUCUUUCCCUAAUGCUUCCUGAAGAAAAACAACAACUCCUCUGGUCAUGCUGUGGAAAGACAGCACAAACACAUCUGAAAUCAGGCCGGUAAAACAUUGCCCAGACUUUUCUUUCCGUAUCUUUGGGACAGUUUCCUGGAUACAGAUUAACGCCAGGAUUCAUUGCGAUCUGUGUUAGAUCCGCAAUGUAGCGCGAUUUACAUUUGAAGGUAAUUUCCGAUUGAGCAGACACAUGCAGCGUUUACCGUGAAUGCAUUCUCCACAAAUGCGGGAACAUUGCCUUUUAAAAGGAGCAUAGCCGAAAAGGAUUGAAUCCCAGCUUAAGCCUUAAAACUAGUCCUGGACUAAAAAGUAAGCUCAAUACACCAAUACACUAGGCAUAAUCGGCGUCUGGGAAACCAACCCUUUUGAGUUGAGCCUGGUGGAAUGUGCAGUGUUUCCUUCCUGGCUGUGGGGUGAUUGUAGCAGGAGUUAAUGCCAACGUUGUCUUCCUUUCUCUCUAGCUAUAACCUGGGAAGUGGUGUGGCCAAUGUGAUCGUCAAUGGAACCUUCAGCGAUGGAAGGUGGCACAGAGUAAAGGCUGUCAGGUGCUUUUCAAUGCCUUCUCACUUCUCACUUGGAAAUUAAUUGAAAAAUGCCUUACAUUCUACUAGGGCUUCUGGGAAUACAUUGAACAUAAUGUGUGUGCGUGUGUGUUGCCUUGAUGUGUGUGUGCGUAUCACUGUAGUCUCUCGGCCAGUGUUGGGUAUGUUGCAGCGUACAGCGGCAUCAUGGGCCACAAAAAAGACUUGAGGAAUGACAGUAAAUGUACAUUUAUUGUACACCAAGAGCCCAUCAAUGGACAGCCCUUCCUCUAUGUAGAAUACAUCCAGACGGGUUGUGCUUAAGGUCCAAGUGGAUUGAUUCUCUCAUGAUCUGCUUAGCUCCAUUUUAUUGAGCUAGCAUCCAUUAUAUGAGUGUCAGGGGGGGAUUAGAAAGAUGAAAGAAGUAAUUACUCUCUUCCUAUCUGGAACGUCUCAUCCAUUCAUCUCUCUCUCUCUCUCUCUCUCUCCUCCCCCUCUCUCUCUCUCUCUCUCUCUCUCUCUCUCUCUCUCUCUCUCUCUCUCUCUCUCUCUUUCUCUUUCUCUUUCUCUCUCUCUAUCUCUCUCUCGUUGUGUGUCAAUCUGAUGUGCGUCCUUCCUGUUGUUGCGUGUUCUUCAGGGAUGGCCAGUCUGGGAAGCUGACAGUAGAUGACUAUGGGGCCAAGACUGGCAGGUCACCUGGGAAGAUGAGACAGCUGAACGUCAACGGGGUCCUGUAUGUUGGUAUGUCUCCACCAAAAGCUAUUUAGUCACCUAUUAUUCAUUGGGUUACACGUUACAUCACUCCACCUCUGAAAGUUAUUUGACUCGCGGCUGACAGUUCCACUAACUACAUUCUCAAUUGGCGCUGAUGAAGAUUUUGUCCUAUUUUCAUCCUAUUUUUAAGAAACUAUAGUGUAGUUUACACUAAAUCAUCAUUAGUCCCCGUUAAAAAUGACUUGGCAGGAGCCACUCUGGAUGGGAACAUUCAUAACAAUGGUGUGAUGCGACAGAGUGAAGUAGGUGCAGGCGCGGCAUGUAGCCUGGUGGGUAGGAGUCGAUGGGCCAGUAACCGAAAGGUUGCUGGACCGAAUCCCUGAGCUGACAAGGUAAAAAUAUUUUGUUCUGCCCCUGAGCUACCCAGUUAACCCACUGUUCCCCGGGCGCUGAUGACGUGGAUGUAGCCCCCCACACCUCUCUGAUUCAGAGGGGUUGGGUUAAAUGCGGAAGACACAUUUCAGUCGAAUGCAUUCAGUUGUACAACUGACGAGGUAUCCCCCUUCCAUGGAGAGUCUCCUGGAUUAUCAUUGCAUCCUCAGUUCCACUGUCUGUCUGGUGGUUCCUCAGUUUCCAACUGUCCUGUAUGAGUGGUUUCCUCAGUUCCACUGUCUGUCUGGUGGUUCCUAAGUUCCACUGUCUGUCUAGGGUGGUUUCCUCCAGUUUCCCUGUCCUGUCUGGUGGUCCAUCCAGUUCCACUGUCUGGUAUGGUGGUUCCUCAGUUCCAACUGGUCCUGUCUGGUUGGUUCCAUACAGUUCCACUGUCUGUCUGGUGGUUCCUCAGUUCCACUGUCUGUCUGGUGGUUCCUCAGUUCCACUGUCUGUCUGGUGGUUCCUCAGUUCCACUGUCUGUCUGGUGGUUCCUCAGUUCCACUGUCUGUCUGGUGGUUCCUCAGUUCCACUGUCUGUCUGUCGGUUCCUCAGUUCCACUGUCUGUCUGUCGGUUCCUCAGUUCCACUGUCUGUCUGGUGGUUCCUCAGUUCCACUGUCUGUCUGGUGGUUCCUCAGUUCCACUGUCUGUCUGGUGGUUCCUCAGUUCCACUGUCUGUCUGUCGGUUCCUCAUUCCUGUCUGUCUUCGGUUCCUCAGUUCCACUGUCUGUCUGUGGUUUCCUCUUCCACUGUCUGUCGUGUCUCGUUCUGUCUGUCUGUCGUCUGUCUGUCUGUCUGUUCCUGUCUGUCUGUCUGUCCUGUCUGUCUGUCUGUCGUCAGUUCCACUGCUGUCUGUCUAGUUCCACCCUGUCUGUCUGUCUGUCUGUCUGUCUGUCUGUCUGUCUGUCUGUCGGUUCCACUGUCUGUCUGUCUGUCGGUUCCACUGUCUGUCUGUCUGUCUGUCUGUCUGUCUGUCUGUCUGUCUGUCUGUCGGUUCCACUGUCUGUCUGUCAGUUCCACUGUCUGUCUGUCUGUCGGUUCCACUGUCUGUCUGUCUGUCUGUCGGUUCCACUGUCUGUCUGUCUGUCUGUCUGUCUGUCUGUCUGUCUGUCUGGUGGUUGGAAGACUAAAUGUAAGAUGGUACAACCUGUGUUGAUAAUGAUGAUGACGAUGAUGGUUAUGAUAGCAAUAACAGUUGAUGAUAAUGUUAUGAUGGUGAUGAUAAUGGUGAUGAUGACGAUGAUGGUUAUGAUAGCAAUAACAGUGAUAAUGUUAUGAUGGUGAUGAUAAUGGUGAUGAUGACGAUGAUGGUUAUGAUAGCAAUAACAGUGAUAAUGUUAUGAUGGUGAUGAUAAUGGUUGUGAUGAUGAUGACAAUAAGGAUGGUGGUGAUGAUGACGAUGAUGGUUAUGAUAGCAAUAACAUUUUAGUCAUUUUUAGCAGACGCUCUUAUCCAGAGCGACUUACAGUUAGUGAGUGCAUACAUUUUUCAUACUGGCCCCCCGUGGGAAACGAACCCACAACCCUGGCGUUGCUAGCGCCAUGCUCUACCAACUGAGCUACUCGGGGCCAAAGAGUUCAAUCUUGGUUUCAUCAGACCAGAAAAUCUUGUUUCUCAUGGUCUGAGUGUCCUUUAGGUGCCUUUUGACAAACUCCAAGCGGAUUGUCAUGUGCCUUUUACUGAGGAGUGGCUUCUCUCUGACCACUCUGCCAUAAAGGCCUAAUUGUUGGAGUGCUGCAGAGAUGAUUGUUCUUCUGGCAUGUUCUCCCAUCUCCACAGAGGAACUCUGGAGCUCUGUCAGAGUGACCAUCAGGUUCUUGGUCACCUCCCUUACCAAGGCCCUUCUCCCCUGUUUGCUCAGUUUGGCCGGGCGGCCAGCUCUAGGAAGAGUCUUUGUGGUUCCAAACUUCUUCCAUUUAAGAAUGAUGGAGGCAACUGUGUUCUUGGGGACCUUCAAUGCUGCAGAAAUGUUUUGGUGUCCUUCCUCAGAUCUGUGCCUCGACACAAUCCUGUCUCGGAGCUCUACGGACAAUUCCUUCAACAUCAUGGCUUGUUUUUUUACUCUGACAUGCACUGUCAACUGUGGGACCUUGUAUAGACAGGUGUGUGCCUUUCUAAAUCAUGUGCAAUCAAUUGAAUUUACCACAGGUUGACUCCAAUCAACUUGUAGAAACAUCUCAAAGAUGACCAAUGGAAACAGGAUAUACUUGAGCUCUAUAUCGAGUGACGUAGCGGUCUAAGGCACUGCAUCUCAGUGCUUGAGGCGUUACUACAGACCCCCUGAUUCGAUUCGAGGCUGUAUCACAACCGGCUGUGAUUGGGAGUCCCAUAGGGCGGCGCACAAUUGGCCCAGCGUCGUCCGGGUUUGGCCGGUGUAGGCCGUCAUUGUAAAUAAGAAUUUGUUCUUAACUGACUUGCCUAGUUAAAUAAAGGUAAAAUAAAAAAUUGAGUCUCAUAGCAAAGGCUCUGAAUACUUAUGUAAAUAAGGUAUUUCUGUUUUUAUUUUUACUGCAAACAUUUCUUCGUCAUUAUUGGGUAUUGUGUGUAGAUUGAUGAGGAAAAUACAUAAUUUAAUCAAUUUUACAAUAAGGCUGUAAUGUAACAAAAUGUGGAAAAAGUCAAGUGGUCUGAAUACAUUCCGAAUGCACUGUAUAUAGCAUUAGUCUAAGUUCUGUUAUUCAUAUAGAGCAUCAGUCUAAGUUCUGUUAUUCAUAUAGAGCAUCAGUCUAAGUUCUGUUAUUCAUAUAGAGCAUCAGUCUAAGUUCUGUUAUUCAUAUAGAGCAUCAGUCUAAGUUCUGUUAUUCAUAUAGAGCAUCAGUCUAAGUUCUGUUAUUCAUAUAGAGCAUCAGUCUAAGUUCUGUUAUUCAUAUAGAGCAUUAGCCUAAGUUCUGUUAUUCAUAUAGAGCAUUAGUCUAAGUUCUGUUAUUCAUAUAGAGCAUCAGUCUAAGUUCUGUUAUUCAUAUAGAGCAUCAGUCUAAGUUCUGUUAUUCAUAUAGAGCAUCAGUCUAAGUUCUGUUAUUCAUAUAGAGCAUUAGUCUAAGGUCUGUUAUUCAUAUAGAGCAUCAGUCUAAGUACUGUUAUUCAUAUAGAGCAUCAGUCUAAGUACUGUUAUUCAUAUAGAGCAUCAGUCUAAGUACUGUUAUUCAUAUAGAGCAUCAGUCUAAGUUCUGUUAUUCAUAUAGAGCAUUAGUCUAAGUUCUGUUAUUCAUAUAGAGCAUCAGUCUAAGUUCUGUUAUUCAUAUAGAGCAUCAGUCUAAGUUCUGUUAUUCAUAUAGAGCAUUAGUCUAAGUUCUGUUAUUCAUAUAGAGCAUCAGUCUAAGUUCUGUUAUUCAUAUAGCGCAUCAGUCUAAGUUCUGUUAUUCAUAUAGAGCAUCAGUCUAAGUUCUGUUAUUCAUAUAGAGCAUUAGUCUAAGGUCUGUUAUUCAUAUAGAGCAUCAGUCUAAGUUCUGUUAUUCAUAUAGAGCAUUAGUCUAAGUUCUUUUAUUCAUAUAGAGCAUUAGUCUAAGUUCUGUUAUUCAUAUAGAGCAUUAGUCUAAGGUCUGUUAUUCAUAUAGAGCAUCAGUCUAAGUUCUGUUAUUCAUAUAGAGCAUCAGUCUAAGUUAUGUUAUUCAUAUAGAGCAUCAGUCUAAGUUCUGUUAUUCAUAUAGAGCAUCAGUCUAAGUUCUGUUAUUCAUAUAGAGCAUCAGUCUAAGUUCUGGUAUUCAUAUAGUGCAUCAGUCUAAGGUCAGUUAUUUAUAUAGAGCAUCAUUCUAAGGUCAGUUAUUCAUAUAGAGCAUCAUUCUAAGGUCAGUUAUUUAUAUAGAGCAUCAUUCUAAGUCAUCCUCAGUUCCACUGUCUGUCUGGUGGUUCCUCAGUUCCACUGUCUGUCUGGUGGUCCCUCAGUUCCACUGUCUGUCUGUCGGUUCCACUGUCUGUCUGUCUGUCUGUCUGUCUGUCUGUCUGUCUGUCUGUCUGUCUGUCUGUCUGUCUGUCUGUCUGUCUGUCUGUCUGUCUGUCUGUUUGUCUGGUGGUUGGAAGACUAAAUGUAAGAUGGUACAACCUGUGUUGAUAAUGAUGAUGACGAUGAUGGUUAUGAUAGCAAUAACAAUGAUGAUAAUGUUAUGAUGGUGAUGAUAAUGGUUGUGAUGACGAUGAUGGUUAUGGUUAUGAUAGCAAUAACAGUGAUAAUGUUAUGAUGGUGAUGAUAAUGGUUGUGAUGACGAUGACAAUAAGGAUGGUGGUGAUGAUGACGAUGAUGGUUAUGGUGAUGAUGAUGAGAUUGUAAUUAUGGUGAUGAUGAUUAAGAUGAGUAGGAUUAGAACUAUAAUACCUGAUGGCGGCAGGUAGCUUAGUGGUUAAGAGCGUUGUGCCAGUAACCGAAAGGUUGCUGGUUCUAAUCCCCAAGCUGACUAGGUGAAAAAUCUGUCGAUGUGCCCUUGAGCAAGGCACUUAACCCUAAUUGCUCCUGUAAGUCGCUCUGGAUAAGAGUGUCUGCUAAAUGACCUUCUUUUUUUUUUUUUUAUGUCUCUGCUCUGCCUAGGGGGGAUGAAGGAGAUUGCUCUGCACACUAACCGGCAGUACAGUGGAGGUCUGGUGGGCUGUGUCUCCCACUUCACCCUGUCCACCGACUAUCACCUCUCCCUAGUGGAGGACGCUGCCGAUGGCAAGAACAUCAACACUUGUACCAACUAA